AUGGGUGUCACCGAGCUCGUUGAGGCUCAGAAGUACUGGCGCACCCACCUGGCAGGCGCCAAAGUGGCUGCAUUCCCUCCCCAAGACCUGCCAUCUGAGACUGUUGGGCGAUCCUACAGCCACGAUAUCGGGUUUUCAUUCAAAGAAAAUGAAUUCUACUCUAGGACUGCGGUGCUCCGCGCCGCUUGGGCUGUGGUUAUUGGACGAUACUCUGAAUCAGAGGACUUUACCGUUGGUGUUUCGGCCCCCUCCUCCGGCGAUGCCAUCCCCAUGCGCUUUAGAUGGCGGAAAAAUGAUACCGUCACUGAUCUCCUGAGAGGCAUCCAGUUGGAGAUGGAUCAAGUGGCCCAGUAUGAGCAGUAUGGACUUGAGAGUAUCGCUCAAGUAAGCAAGGAUGCACAGAGCGCUUGCGACUUCACCAGUUUGAUGGCCAUCCGGACCGGUGAUGUCCAGGCCAAGGAGGAAUUUAAUGUCAAAUACGCGCUGGAAGCUCGAAUUAUACUACGUGAGGUCCAUGCCACUAUCACGUUGGCAUCUGAGGUCCUUUCCGAAGUGACGCUUGAGGCGCUUGCACAUCAAUUCAGCCAUACCAUUGAUGGCAUCUUGUCUAGUCCGGAUGCCAAGCUGAGUGAAAUCUCAAUUGCCGGCCCUUGGGAUUUGGCCAAGGCCAAAGAAUGGAGUCCUCACCCGGCUCCGUCAGUACAGGGCUGCGUACAUGACUUCAUCUCGGACAGAGCAGCCAAAAUACCCCAUCAUGAAGCCGUAUACUCCUCGGAAGGGAGCUUGACUUACAAGGAACUGGAGGAUUUGUCUACCUGUCUCAGCCACCACCUGAAGUCCCUGGGCGUGGGAUCAGAGAGCAUUGUACCCUAUUGCUUCGAGAAGUCAAUCUGGGCCGUUGUUGCAAUGCUUGGCAUCUUGAAGGCGGGAGGCGCCUUUGUUCCCCUGGAUCCCUCACACCCCCCUAGCCGACGAAGGGCGAUCAUUGAAGAGACCGGCGCCCAAACGGUUAUCACGUCGCCCGCCUCUGCAGCCACCUGUCGAGGCAUGGCCCCGGUGCUUGUCGAGUUGGAUCAGGCUUUCCUCGACCGUUUGCAGGAUGGGCAUGUUUCAGAUGAACUUCCCCAGGUUUCCCCACGUGACGCAGCAUACAUCCUUUUCACAUCUGGCUCUACCGGCAAGCAGAAAGCCAUUGUUGUGGAGCACUCCGCUCUCUCUGGAAGUCUUCUCGGCUUCAACCGGGUAUAUGGCCUGGAUGGGGAGUCGCGCGUGCUUCAAUUUUCAAGUUUCGCUUUUGAUGUGAGCCUGAGCGAGGUGUUGGAGACUCUGGUUUUUGGAGGGACUGUUUGCGUGCCAUCGGAUAGACAGAGAAUAGAGUCUCUCCCCCAAUUUAUUCAAGAUGCUAAAGUGAACACGGCCAUGCUCACGUCGUCAUACCUCAAGGCUUUGAAGCCAUCAGAUGUGCCCUCCCUCCGCAUGUUGAUGCUCGUCGGCGAGGCUCCCACAAGAGACACCAUCCAGACGUGGUUCCCUCACACGCGGCUCAUUAAUGCAUACGGACCGUCUGAGGUGUCCAUCUUUAUCGGCUCAUAUGAGUAUCAAUCCCCUGAUGACCAACCGACCAACGUCGGCCGAGGCUUCAGCGGCAACAUGUGGAUUGUGGAGCCUGACAACCACAAUAUGAUCGCUCCUGUUGGUUGCAUUGGCGAGAUUUUGAUCGAGCGUGACAUGGCUCGUGGAUAUCUGAACAACAAGGAACGAACAGACGCUGCUUUUAUUCGUCAAGUGGACUUCUUGGACGUGGCAUCGACGGAUGUGGCAGUUAAGUUCCACAAGUCCGGUGACCUGGCACGUUAUAACCCUGAUGGAACCAUUGAGUAUCUCGGUCGUCGCGAUACUCAGACGAAACUAAGAGGGUAUCGCAUUGAGUUAGGAGAGAUAGAGUAUAAUAUUCAACGUUGCCUCGGAAACGUUGAGUAUGUGGCUGCUGAUGUAGUCACCAUUGGCUCACGGCCCACCCUUGUUGCGUUUCUGAGCUUCACGGAUAGGGUUGACAACGUCGAAACCAAUGGCUACACCCUUCCCGAGAACUUUGAUAUCCCAUCUGAGAGUCUCAAGGAGCGGUUCGCUGCUUUGACUGGUGAACUGAAGGAUGUCCUACCUCAGUAUAUGGUUCCUACGGUGUUCUUCCCUCUCAACAAGAUGCCAUUGAAUAACUCUCUCAAGCUUGAUCGCGGUAGACUGAAGAGCCUCUUUACGGAAUUGGAUCAAGAGCAGCUGGGUCUCUUUUCGCUCGCCAAGAGGGAAAAAUACGAGCCAACGACUGCCAUGGAAUACAGACUUCGAUCUCUCUGGGCGCAGGUAUUUGGGAUUGAAGAAGAGCAGAUCGCCAAGACGGAUGACUUCUUCCAGCUUGGUGGAAACUCACUGCUUGCGAUUGAACUCAUGUCUUUGGCCCACAAGCAGAAUCUUGCUCUGUCGGUGGCAGAUGUGUUCCAGCACUCGAAGCUGGACGAGCUUGCAUUGACUACUGUUGAGCAAGCCAUGGUCACAUUUGAUGCACCGCCAUUCAGCAUGCUCUCUCUUCCAAGAGCAGACCUACUAUCAAAAACGCAGAAAUACGAUCUAAGUGAUGUGGCCGUGGUUGAGGAUGCUUUCCCUGCCACUCCAAUCCAGGAGGCGUUGAUGGCACUUACCGUCCGCCAGCCUGGUUCGUAUCUGGACCAUCUUCUCUUCGAAAUUGGUGACGAUACAGACAUUGCUAGGUUUAAGACCGCCUGGGACCAAACGGUCCAGAUGUGCGGCAACCUGCGAACCAGAAUCUUCCACCAUCAAGGCGAAACUAUGCAGGUCAUCGUGCAGAAUGAUAAAACCUGGGACUUGGCUACAGGAGCCUCAAUGCGGGAGUUUAAGAAGAGUGUUGAGAGAAAGCCCAUGGGAUAUGGCACUAGGCUCUGCCGUUAUGCUGUUGUGAAGGAAUCAGGAAAGCACUACUUCGCCCUCGCCAUCCACCAUGCCGUGUACGAUGGCUGGACAAUGAACGUGAUGCUCCGAACGUUAGUUCAGAACUACUUCGGAAAUGCCACUUCUGUCCAGCCAUAUUCCAGGUUUGUUAAGUACACCAUGGCUGUUGGCGAGGAGACCCAGAGUACCUACUGGGAGAAGUAUCUUUCGGGCGUGUCACAUACCCCUUUCCCUCAGACCAGUACAUCGACAGAGUGCAUGACGCGCAUGACUGUCAAGGCCCUUAGGUUCCCAAGGUCAACUAGCAGUACAGUUACCAUGGCUACCAUCAUACGUGCUGCCUGGGCCAUUAUUGUUGGAAGACACUGCGAUACAGACGAUAUUGUGUUUGGUAUGACAAUGUCUGGCCGGCAAGCACCUGUUCCUGGAAUUGGUGACAUCCCAGGUGUGGCUAUUGCUACUCUUCCCAUCCGUACUCGCCUUGAUAGGGCCAAACCAGUUUCUCAGUACCUUCGUGAUCUUCAGGCCGAAGGCUCCGAGAUGGUUCCAUUCGAGCAGUAUGGUCUCCAGAAGAUUGCCAGAAUCAACUCUGAGACGCAGGAGGCUAGCAAGUUCCAGAACCUGCUCGUGAUUCAACCGUUUUCAGUCUUGGACGCUCUUUCGGAAUCAUCUGAGGGCAUUCUGCGACCUAUCGAGCGCAUUGGAGAUACAGAGUAUGCCACCAUGGAAGGCUACUUCAAUUUCCCUCUUGUUGUGCAAUGUUAUAUCUCCGAUCGCGAGUCGCAUCUCCAUGUGACUUAUGACUCAAGUGUUAUUUCCUCCACCAACGUCGAUGCCCUUACGGAGCAGUUGAACCACGUCAUCCAUCAACUAUUACCGGAAAACAAUAAGGCUUUGGAAGCGAACGAGCUUACGCUUGGUGACAUCUCAGUCAGCGGCCCAUGGGAUCUUCAACGCGCUUUGGAAGCCAACUCUGUUGCGCCAACUGUAAUUGAGAAGUGUGCUCAUGAAAUAAUCGAGGAGCAAGCUCAGGCAGCUCCUGACGCGCUUGCCAUUGUGGCCUGGGAUGGGAAGUUUACCUACGGGGAAUUUGAUAAAGCAGCUAACAGACUGGCUCACCACCUUAUUGAUGUCAUGGGUGUGAAGACCGGCGACUUUGUCCAUACCUGCUUUGAACACUCCGUGUGGCAUUUCAUUUCGUUCCUAGCCAUCAAUAAGGCUGGCGCUGCAUGGGUUCCCCUUGACCCAGCUCACCCCAAGGCCCGUCUAGCUCAGAUUAUCUCUCAGACUGGCGCCACACUUGCAUUGUCAUCUGAGACGAAUAAGGCGAUCUGUAACCAAGUCAUCGAUCAAACCCUUGUUAUAUCGAGAGACUUCCAUGAUGAGCUUAAAUCCACGUAUGAUGACAAGCUGGGUAAGCCACAGGUGGAAGUGUCACCCAGUCAUCCAGCUUAUGUUCUCUUCACAUCUGGAAGCACGGGUACUCCGAAGGGUUUCGUGAUUGAACACCGGUCGCUCUCCAGCGGCCAAACCAGGGCAGGGAAGUGGCUUGGAGUCACACCUAAUGUCCGUAUUUUGCAGUUUGCGUCGCUGGUCUUCGACUUGUCGAUUGGAGAAAUUUUUACGGCUCUGUUCCAUGGUGCUUCGAUCGCCGUACCUUCUGAGGAGACUCGUAUGAAUAACAUAAAGGACUUCAUUCGAGACUACAGUGUCACCUGGGCAUACCUUACCCCAUCGUUCACCCGGUUUCUCAGUGCGAAAGAGCUACCCAACCUUGAGUUGCUGAUGCUCGCUGGUGAAGCUAUCCCUCGCGACGUGUUUGAGAACUGGGUUGGCAAGGUCCGAUUAAUAAACGCCUGGGGCCCUGCGGAGGCUUGCUGCUUUGCAUCCUUCCAUGAAUGGACGUCAAUAGAUGAGUCGUCUUUGACGAUUGGCCGACCUUGCGGUACAUACUGCUGGAUUGUUGAUCCUAAUGAUCCCCAGCGUCUUGCACCAUUCGGAAGUGCUGGCGAAGUCAUGAUCCAAAGUCCUCAGCUCUUGAGGGAAUAUCUAUCAGACCCUGUCAAAACCAAUGCUGCCACAGUGACUGAGCUGCCGCAGUGGGCACCUAUGAGGGAUCAACCCUACCUCAACCGCUUCUUCAAGACGGGCGAUCUUUGCUCUUAUAACCCUGAUGGCACACUCGAAUUUAUCUCGCGAAAAGAUACUCAGAUCAAGAUUCGCGGUCUUCGAGUAGAGUUGGGAGAGGUUGAGCAUCAUGUACAAGAGAAGCUCUCAGUGGCUCGUCAGUCGGCUGUGGAUGUUUUCAAAGGAGAGAAGGGCUCUAGCCUGGUUGCAUAUUUCUCUCUUAGUGAUGACACGAGUCCAGCAACUGAUGAUGAGGACAUCUUCUUACCUCUCACACAGGAAUUGCAAGGGCAUAUCGUCUCUUUGAUCAGCCAGUUGAGCAUUGAAUUGCCCAGCUACAUGAUUCCUGAUCUUUUUAUUCAUUGCAGCAAGUUGCCGUCGAAUAUCUCCACCAAAUUGGAUAGGAAGGUACUGAAGAAGAGAACUGCUGCCUUAACAAGGGACCAGUUGGCUCACUAUGCCCUCGUCGAUAGCAACAAACGACCUCCUGAGACAGAGACUGAAUCCAGCCUCCAGUUGAUCUGGGCAGAGCUACUCAAUCUGGAUCGGGAGGCGAUUGGUCGUGACGAUAGCUUCCUUCGCAUUGGCGGUGACUCGAUCAUGGCAGUGUACCUUGUCGCCGCAGCGCGCGAUAUUGGCCUGCAUCUCACUGUGAAGACUAUUUUCAGCGAUCCUCGUCUUUCGAGCGUGGCUGCCAAUUGUGAAGUGAUGGAUCCAUCCAGUAUGCCUGACUGGAGUGAUGUUAAGCCAUUUUCACUUAUCGAAGCUGCUAGUCGUGAAGAAGUUGUUGCUUCUGUCAGGACACAGAGUGAUUUGUCGCCAGAGCAGGAAGUUGAAGAUGUCUACCCAUGUACACCUUUGCAACGAGGUCUGAUGGCUUUGUCCGCCAAGCAGCCUGGGUCAUACAUUGCGAAAUGGGUUCACCGGCUGUCUGAUGAUGUUGAUAUCGCAUCCUUCAAGACUGCCUGGGAGAAAACCGUUGAGGAAUGUCCCAACCUGCGUACACGUAUGGUAAAUACGCUGGAUACCACUCUCCAAGCGAUUGUGACCAAGGACAUUUCGUGGGAAUCCACAUCUGGGAUGGAUCUCGGCGCAUUCAUGAAGUUUGCUGGGCAAACGGAGAUGACCUUUGGAUCUAGACUUCACAGAUACGCCUUGGUGGAGGAAGACAGUGGCGAUCGUUAUUUUGUCUGGGUUGCGCACCAUGCUAUCUACGAUGGAUGGACUAUGCGCUUGAUCUUCAGCAUGCUCGCUGAUAACUACAUGGGCAUAGACUCACUGAAGAUUAACCCUUACUCAUCCUUCAUCAAGUACACUGAAAGUCUGGAUAUCGAUUCCGCUAAAGAGUUCUGGGGCUCUCAACUGGAGGGUGCGAAACAUGCGCCCUACCCGCAGGUUCCUGUCUCGAAGAGCUCUGACUCUAAUAGAACCUUCCAGCUCUUGCGAAAGAAUAUGGAGUUCCCCUCGCUUACCGACACUUCGAUUACGAAAGCCACGAUUCUUCGAGCUGCUUGGGCUGUGGUCUUGGGACGCUACUGCGAUACUGAAGAUAUUUGCUUUGGAACGACCGUCUCUGGUCGCCAUGCCCCUGUGCCCGGCGUGGGUGAAAUGCCCGGACCGAUGAUUUCUACACUUCCUGUGCAUAUCGUCAUGGACAGAGAGAAUUCUGUAUCUUCAUUCCUUUAUGGUAUUCAGAAUCAGGCGGCCGAGAUGGUUGCGUACGAGCAGUUCGGUUUGCAAAACAUUGGCAAACUGGACAUUUCCAUUCAAGAAGCUUGUAAUUUCUCCAGUCUUCUCGUUAUUCAGCCUUUCGAACAAAUGGGUGCGAUUGGAACCAACUCAGAUGCAAUUCUUCAACUAGACGCUUCCGCAAAACAUGGAACCGAGGACACCCUGCAAGGCUACUUUAGUUAUCCACUGGUUGUCCAGUGCGAGCCAUACGAAGAUCAGCUGGAUAUUAUCUUGACGUUCGAUUCUAACAUUGUGAAGCAAGAAGACAUGGAGCGUCUCUCGAAUCAUUUCCAACAUGUGGUGAAGCAGUUACUGGCCCAGGAUAACCGAAGACUUGGUGAUAUUUCAGUCUCAUCGCAGUGGGAUCUUGCCCAGGCUGUCAAGUUCAACGGAGAGAUUCCUCAAGUAGUAGAAGAUACACUUCAUGGGAUGAUUGAACAUCAGGUUCGAGUCAGACCACACGAGCCUGCUAUCGUGGCCUGGGAUCGGCAAUUGACAUAUUCGGAGUUGGAUGUUCUAGCGAACAAAUUGGCUCGAAUGCUCAGAGACUCAUACAAAGUACAGAUCGGAGACUUCGUCCCAGUUUGUUUUGAAAAGUCUGUCUGGCACUUUAUUUCUAUUCUUGCGAUAAUGAAGUGCGGAGCAGCUUGGGUGCCUCUUGAUCCUGGCUAUCCACUGGAGCGUAUGAGGAAUAUUGUGCACCAGACGAAAGCAAAGAUUAUGCUAUCUUCGCCUUCUAACCUGGCAGCUUGUAAUGAGCUUACUGAAGACGUUCUCGAAGUAUCGACCAGCCUGGAGGCCACUUUCCAAGAGCUUGGACUCUCUGGCGAAGCACCGAAUAUCGAAGUUCUCCCUGACCACGCCGCAUAUGUGCUCUUUACAUCAGGAAGUACAGGCAUACCAAAGGGACUCGUAAUGCAACAUGCAGCAGUAUGCAGUGCCCAACGAGCGAUUGCAGAGAGACUUGGACUGCAGCCAGCAGCAAGGAUGCUUCAAUUUGCUUCGUUUGUUUUUGACCUGUCCAUUGGUGAGAUUUUUGCACCCUUGAUCACAGGAGCUUGUCUUUGCAUCCCCUCAGAGCACGACCGGCUCAAUGACCUCGCUGGCUUCAUCUCUAGAACAAGUGUUACUUGGAGUUUCCUUACACCAUCUUUCGCUAGAACCCUCAAGCCGGAGAUGGUGCCAUCUCUUGAAGUUUUGUUAUUUGCUGGAGAAGCUGUUCCGCGAGACGUUUUCGAAGCAUGGGUAGGGAAGGUCAGGCUCUGGAAUGGAUGGGGGCCAGCUGAGACGUGCUGUUUUAGUACGCUUCAUGAGUGGCAUUCUGAUCAAGAAUCUCCUCUUACAGUAGGCCGGCCGGUUGGGUCUUUCUGCUGGAUAGUUGACCCUGAGAAUCCACAAAGGUUAGCUCCUCUAGGUACCGUAGGCGAAGUGGUUAUUCAAGGCCCUACUCUGCUACAAGAGUACCUCGCGGACAAAGCCAAGACUGAUGCGACUACUGUUCGUUCGCUACCUACCUGGGCUCCUUCCUCCACUCUUCCUCGCUUUGAUAGGUUCUUCAAGUCUGGGGACUUGUGCUUCUAUAACGAUGACGGUACUAUUGAGUUUUUAACUCGAAAAGAUACGCAAGUCAAAAUUAGGGGCCUUAGGGUUGAGUUGAGCGAAGUCGAGCACCAGAUUAAGUCUCAUCUUUCAGAUGCUUCCCAGGUUGCGGUUGAUGUCUUCCAAGGAGCAGCGGGCGCGAACCUUGUUGCUUACAUCUGCUCUACGAACGCAACUCGCACAGCUGAGCUUUCUAGUGAGGACAUGUUCGUCCCUAUCCAGCCCAGCAUCCAACAGCAGAUCUCCAUCAUGCUCAGCAAGCUUGCUGUCACUCUUCCACGAUACAUGGUUCCGACUAUGGCUAUAACCUGUGCUUACAUGCCGUUUGUGACAUCUUCAAAGCUUGACAGGAAGAGGCUACGAGAAGAAUCAGCUAAGCUCAAUAUCGAGCAGUUGAACCACUACUCACUACUUGAUGCAGAGAGACGGGAACCCCAGACACCUACUGAAGUGCGACUCCAAGAGUUGUGGGCGAAGACCUUGAAGAUCCCGGCUGAGUCAAUCGGCCGGGAUGACAGCUUCCUUCGUAUUGGUGGUGACUCGAUUUCAGCCAUCCUGUUCGUCGGCACUGCACGGGAGAAUGGAAUGGUGAUUCAGGUGAAGGACAUUUUUGACGACCCGAGGCUGUGCGCUGUGGCAGAGAAGGUUGUUGGAAUCCAAGCGACAGAUAACUCUCAACGGCCUACACCUUUUAGCCUACUUGGCAUUUCCAAGGAAUCGGUUGAUGAAGCUAUUCUUGAAAUUGAUGACCUCCCUGCCUCUGCUAGCAUUUCCGACGCUUACCCUUGUACUGCGCUGCAGGCGGGUUUAAUGGCACUCUCACUCACGCAGCCAAUGUCCUAUGUCGCUCGAUACGUGCACCGUAUCCCGGAUUCAGUGAACAUAUCGCAGCUUCGAGAGGCUUGGGAGGAGACAGUUGUGGUUGAAAAUGAUUCGAUUUGGGAGUCGGAAAAAACAACCAGCUUUGACUCAUUCAUGGCCCAGAGCAAGCAAACGACUAUGACAUACGGCUCCAAGCUCUGCCGCGCAGCGAUUAUCCAACAGGCGAAUGGGGAGAAUUAUUUUGCCUGGGCUGUUCAUCACUCAGUUUCAGACGGUUUCACACUCAGAAUGGUCAUGGAAACCUUUUAUUCCUUGUAUAGCAAAGCCCCUGGACCUCAGUUGAGACCGUACGCGUCCUUUAUCCAGCAUGUUUCCAGCAUUGAUCAUGAGGUUGCUGUUAGAUACUGGAAGAACCAGCUUGAAGGUGUAAGGCCACCCUCUUUCCCUGCCAAGCAGAAGCCUUCGCAAAAACAGACGACUAGAGUCCUGUAUAAGGAUGUCAACUUCACGCGAUCCGACUUGUCUGUGACACAGGCUACGCUUAUUCGUGCCGCAUGGGCUAUCGUGCUUAGUAGAUAUAGUGACACGCCUGACAUCUGCUUUGGAGCAACAAUUUCAGGGCGCCAGGCGCCUGUGGAUGGUAUUACUGAUAUGCCUGGCCUCGCAAUUGCGACGGUUCCUGUCCGUGUUCAGGUCGGUAAAGACGGACAAAUCAAUGACUUCCUUCAGACCGUUCAAAAGCAAGCCGCCGACAUGACUGCUUAUGAGCAGUUUGGGUUGCAAAACAUCUCAAAGUUAGGGCGAGAUGCCCAAGAGGCUUGCGAUUUCACAAGCCUCCUUGUCGUCCAGCCUUAUGAGCAGAUGUUUGGUAACAUGAGCAAUGAUUUCAUUUUUGGACCUGGGAAUGAGGUCUACAGCACUGAGGACGAUAUGGAAGGAUACUUCAACUAUCCUCUUGUAACCAUUGCAAAUAUCAUGCCCGAUAAACUCAAAUUGCAGUUAGUAUAUGAUGCCGAAGUCAUCAGCCCAGGGCAGAUGGACGCUCUCUCACAGCACUUUGAUCAUGUAACCCAGCAGAUCCUCCAGCCUGGUACCAAGAGUCUUGGCUCUGUCUCUGUUUCGGGACAGUGGGAUCUCCAAAGAGCGAAGAAGUGGAACCCAAACCAACCGCGAUCAGUUCGAGCUUGCAUUCAUCAUCUUAUUUCUGAACGUGCUUCACAAGACCCUACUCAAGAAGCCAUCUACUCAUCAGAAGGCAGUCUCACGUUCGGAGAGCUCGAGAGCCUUUCCAAUACCUUUGCUCGCUAUCUCGUCUCACACGGGGUAGAGCUGGAGACUAUUGUCGCGUUCUGCUUUGAAAAAUCGAUUUGGACUAUUAUCGCAAUGCUUGGCAUCCUGAAAGCUGGUGGUACAUUCGUGGCUCUUGACCCUGCUCAGCCAGAACAGCGCAGGAGAACCAUCAUUCAGGAGACAGGCUCCCAGUACAUUGUGACCUCACCUAAACUAGCUCGUAUUUGCGAAGGCAUGGUGCCGAAUGUUAUCGAGCUUUCGCUAUCUUUCCUUGAGAGACUUCCUAGGCUUACGGAUUCAGCAAAGAAGAUUGCAUUGCCCCAGUCUUCCCCUGAUCACACCGCAUACAUCAUCUUCACGUCUGGUUCAACCGGAACACCCAAGGGCAUCAUCGUGAAACACUCAUCGGUGUGCACCUAUGUAUUGGGUGCUGAUCGCAUAUACGCAUUGGACAACAACACCCGCAUGCUGCAGUUCUCCAAUUACGUGUUUGAUGUAAGCAUGGGAGAAAUUCUCGAGACUUUGGCUAUGGGCGGAACAAUCUGCACCCCAUCGGAACAGGAGCGUAUGGAGUCUCUCCCUCGGUUCAUGGAAAAGGCAAAGGUAAACACGGCCAUGCUUACGCCAUCCUAUAUCAAGACAAUGGAACCGGCAGACGUACCUUCUCUGAAGCUCCUAGUCACUACCGGAGAGCCAUCAACUAGGGAUAUUGUAAAGAAAUGGCAGCCUCAUGUGAGACUGAUCAAUUCGUAUGGGCCCGCAGAGGUAACUAUCAAUGUUGGUGCUUAUGAGUACCAGUCCCCCGAGGACCAAGUCACCAACAUAGGGCGCGCAUGGGGUGGUCAUAUGUGGGUUGUUGAACCAGAUAAUCAUAACAAGAUUGCCCCAAUUGGUUGCAUUGGCGAGAUUCUGAUUCAACGAGAUAUCUCACAAGGUUAUCUUAAUAACGCGGAGAAGACGUCUCAAAACUACAUCAACGCUGUUGACUUUCUGUCAGUUGAGGACCCGUCUGUCAAGUUCUAUAAGUCUGGGGACUUGGGGCGAUACAAUAUGGAUGGAACAGUUGAGAUAAUUGGCCGUCGCGAUACCCAGGCCAAACUUCGUGGUCAGCGUUUGGAACUUGGCGAGAUUGAGUAUCAUAUCAGGCAACACUUUGAUGACAUUGGACUUGUGGCCGCUGACGUGAUGCCUGUCCGAUCCCGUGCCACUUUGGUUGCAUUCGUAAGUUUCAAGCCCGGGUUCGAUUCGUUCCAGCCAUCAGAGCUUCCUCUGCCGUUCAUGCAGCCAAGCGAAAGCUUGAUGCAUAGAUUGAAUGCCCUUGUUGAGAGUUUGCGAAGUAUUCUCCCGGGGUACAUGGUUCCCUCUUUGUUUAUGACUCUUGAUUCGAUGCCCCUGAACACAUCGUCGAAACUGGACCGCAAGCGGGUGAAAAUGCUCGCAUCGGCCUUGAACCAGGAGCAAAUGGACCUAUACUCUCUCGACAAUCCUGAAAAGAUUCAAGCAACCACGAGCAGAGAGUUGCGGCUUCGUGCUUUGUGGUCCCAAGUUUUGGAACUUGACGAACAGAAUAUUGGAAAGAGGGAUAACUUCUUCCAAAAUGGAGGUAGCUCCAUAUUAGCUAUUCAACUGAUGUCUCUUGCCCAAAAGCAUGGCAUCUUGUUGUCUGUUGCCAGUGUUUUUGCACACCCAAAUCUUGAAGACAUGGCAUUAAAUAUGAAGGAGGAGGAAGCCUCGGAGGCUGUUACCAUUCAACCAUUCAGCAUGCUCCCAUUAGCUGAGGAAAUUGUGGAGAAUGAAGUCCAAAGCCAAAGUGAGAUAUCUUCACUUGUGGAAUUUGAAGACAUGAUGCCGACCACGUCGCUUCAAGAAGGGCUUAUGGCACUCAACCUGAAGCAGUUUUCCUCUUACACCGCAUAUAUUCCUUUCCGGAUUGCUGAAUCAGUCAAUAUCGACAGGCUCAAAGCUGCGUGGGAGCAAACUGUGCAGACCUGCACUAAUCUGCGGACAAGGAUCUUUCAUGUUCAAGGGCACACUCUUCAAGCCAUUGUCAAGGAGAAGGCGAUCUGGGAAGAAUGUGAAGACUCCUCACUACGAGGGUUUAAGAAACACAUUGAGUCUAAGCCUAUGGGCUACGGAUCAAGACUUUGCAGAUAUGCUAUUAUUAAUGACAACAGACAUACCUAUUUCGCGCUGGCCAUCCAUCAUGCUGUUUAUGAUGGGUGGAGCUUAGGCUUAGUUCUCCGGACUGUUCUGAGCCGAUAUCUCGGAACUGAGUCCCCGACGAUUCAGCCAUACUCUGGCUUCAUUUCGUACAUCAGCCAGCUGGAUGAAGAUAGCAUGUAUAAUUACUGGAGAGAAUAUCUCCAGGGCUCGAUACAAGCCUCAUUUCCAGUCAAAAAGGCCAACGGACCAAGCGAGUCUCGCACCUGUGUCAAACCAAUCACGUUCCCUGACUCCACGGACAAUACAAUCACGAAGGCCACGAUCGUACGAGCCGCAUGGGCCAUAGUACUUAGCAAGUACUGUGAAACUGAUGAUGUUACGUUCGGAAUGACACUUUCGGGGCGUCAGGCCACAGUUCCUGGUGUAAUAGAAAUGGCUGGUUUGACUAUCACCACAGUCCCUAUCCGUGUCCAAAUUCAGACCAAGAGGCGCGUCUCCGAAUUCCUACACGAUAUCCAAAGUGAAACUUCGGCUAUGAUUCCAUACGAACAAUAUGGAUUGCAGAGAAUUUCAAAGACAAGCCCAGAAGCUCAGCAGGCUUGCGAUUUCCGAAGUCUGCUUGUUGUUCAGCCCUUCUCAGCGCUUGAUGCGAUGGAUGAAACGUCAGAACAGAUUCUAGAGCAGUCAACCGACCCUGAUCUUGAGGACUUUUUCAACUACCCUCUUGUCAUACAAUGCGAGAUGUCUGACUCUAAAGCCGAGUUACACAUUACGCACGAUUCGCAAGUCAUUGACAGUGGCCGGAUUGAUGCCCUCUCUGUCCAUUUCCAGAAUGUCGUUAACCAGUUAUUGCCAGAGAGUCAAAAAGAAAUUGAAGAGGUUGAGCUUACGUCUUCUUGGGACUUUGAUAAAGCUUUGGAAUGGAAUGGGAAGCCGACCAAGACGGCUCACACGUGCUGGCACGAAGUCUUCCGGGCUAAUGCCAGAGCCCAUCCUCGCGAUAUUGCCGUCAAUGCAUGGGAUGGCACUCUAACGUACCAACAGUUGGAUCAGGCAACUGAUAGGCUUGCAUACCAUCUGAUAAACUCACAUCAUAUCCAACCAGGAGAUAUGGUGGUUGUAUGUUACGAGAAGUCGCUUUGGUAUACUGUCUGCAUUUUGGCUGUUAGUAAAGCCGGAGCUGCUUGGGUUCCAAUUGAUCCAUCUCAUCCUAGACAACGUCACGAGUCUAUUAUCAACCAAACGGAUGCCAGAAUUGCCCUUGCUUCACCGAUGCAUUUGGAGUACUGCCAGAAGAUUAUUGGGACCGUGCUGGAGGUGACGCCUGACCUUGAUACCCAGCUGCAACAGAAUCCCGCUUUAGAAGUUGUUCCGCUCCCUCAAGUAUCUUCAAAGAGUGUUGCUUAUGUUCUAUUUACAUCUGGAAGUACCGGCACUCCGAAAGGAUUCGCAAUUGAACAUUGCUCCCUUGUGACUAGCCAGCUGACUCUUUGGGAGAAACUGUCUAUACCGCACGACGCCCGGGUCUUACAAUUUGCAUCACAUGUGUUUGACUUUGCGAUCUGCGAAAUAAUCGGCUCUUUGAUGGAAGGAGUCGCUAUAUUUGUCCCAUCAGAACAAGAUCGAAUGAGCAACCUGGCCGAGUUCAUUGGCACAAAUGGAAUUGACUCGUUGUUCUUAACUCCAUCAUUCGUUCGCACUCUGCCCAUAUCGGAGCUUCCUAGCGUCAACCUUUUGUUCCUCGCAGGCGAGACCGUCACAAAGGAUAUUUUGGAUACAUGGUUUGAGCAAGCCCGUAUUUUCAACGCAUGGGGCCCAGCAGAAACCGUUGUUUGUAACACCGUGCAUCAAUAUCGCUCAGUUCUCGACUCGCCAGCCAACAUUGGCAAGUCAACUGGCGGAUUCUGUUGGCUUGUAGACCCCCAGAACCCGCAUAAAAUAGCACCUAUCGGAACUGUUGGUGAAGUUAUAAUUCAAGGUCCAACAAUCAUGCGCCAUUACGUUGGCGAUGAGGUCAAAACAAACAACACAGUUAUGCCCACGCCUGAAUGGGCACCGUUCCAUGAUGUUCCUGGGUGGGAUCGGGUAUUCAACACGGGAGAUCUUUGCUAUUAUAACUCGGACGGAACGAUGGAUUUUCUGUCUCGAAAGGAUACCCAAGUGAAGAUUCGAGGUCUCCGGGUCGAACUUGGUGAGAUCGAGUAUCACAUCCGACAUUCACUUCCUGAUGUUAUUCAGGUGGCUGUUGACGUAAUUACUUCCGCCAAUGCUUCGCAGUUAGUGGCUUACAUGUGUUUCACGGACGAGACACGUUUGGAAUACAAUUUGGAUGAGGUUUUCUUCUCACUCUCGUCGGAUCUCCAUGACCAAAUGGUUGAGCUACUCGGGAAGCUUGGCUCGCUUCUCCCCACAUAUAUGCUGCCAUCAAUGUUUAUUCCUUGCAGCUUUAUGCCUUCUAUAACAUCUACCAAGUUAGACAGAAAGACAUUGAAGGAUCUAACCGCAUCUCUCAGUCAGGCACAGCUUUCGCACUAUUCCCUGGUCAGUGCAACAAAGCGAAAGCCGGAUACCCCAAUGGAACGCCGCCUCCAACACAUCUGGGCCAAUAUACUCGGUCUUCCUGAGGAUACCAUUGGAAAAGAUGACAGUUUUAUUCGUAUUGGUGGAGAUUCUGUGACCGCAAUUUAUCUAUCCAGCGCGGCGAGAAAAUCCGGAAUCGACGUCCAGGUCAAGGACAUCUUUGACGAUCCCCGCCUCUGUGCGGUUGCUGAAAAGGCUGUCAUGGUUGGGUCGAUACCGGAAACGAGCGACGAAAUUAAGCCCUUUGAGUUGCUGGAUUUUGAUAUUUCCUCACACCAGGAUAAGAUACGUCAAACCUGUGGCCUGAGAGACGAUCAGGUCGUCGAGAAUGCUAUGCCUGUGACUCCACUCCAGGAGGGUUUCAUCGCUUUGUCAGUGAAACAGCCUGGAUCUUAUAUCGGGAGAUGGAUCUAUCGCUUAGGCGACAGUGUAAAUAUUCACCGCUUCAAAGAGGCAUGGGAAGCAACUAUUCGACGCUGCAACAAUACACGGAGCAGAAUGGUUGCUAUAGCUGGUCGGACGGUACAGGUCUAUAUCAAAGAUGAUAUCCAAUGGGAGGAUACUUCGAGGUUGAAUCUAGAAGAAUACCUCGAGAAAUCUCGAACUAUUGAGAUGACUCUUGGGAGCCGUUUGAACCGGUAUGCCCUUGUACAAGAAUCAUCAGGAGACAGCUUCUUCGUCUUCCUUGCCCAUCAUUCCAUUUACGAUGGGUGGACAAUGCGUAUUAUUCUCGAUACCGUGUCUAAAGAGUACGAGUCUGUGUCUACAACUGUUCAACCAUUUGACCAAUUCAUCAAGUAUGUCAGUGCUAUUGACCAAAAGGCUGCUGAGGAUUACUGGCGCACGCAGCUCCAAGGUGCUAAACGUGCCGGGUUCCCACGCACCGCAAAGACCCUUGGGGUUAGCAAGGUGAUGAACAGAGUUGUCGACUUGAAAGACACGAGCAUCUCUGUGACAAAAGCCACACUAGUACGAGCGGCAUGGGCACUGGUUCUGGCUAGAUAUGCUGAUACGGAGGAUAUAUGCUUUGGAACUUCCAUUUCUGGCCGUCAAGCUGCUGUUCCUGGCAUUAGCGAUAUGGCUGGUCCAGCAGUUGCAACAGUUCCUAUCCGUAUUCGCUUGGACAGGAAAACUCCCGUUGCUGAGUUUUUAAAGCAGAUCCAAGUCCAGGCGACCGACAUGAUACAAUUCGAGCAAACGGGUAUUCAGAAGAUUGCAAGGCUGAGUGAUGAAAUUCGAGAGGCUUGCGACUUUUCCAGUCUGCUCGUCAUUCAACCUGUUGAAGCCAUGGGACAAGUCGGAAAGAAUUCUGAGAGCCUUUUGAUCACGGUGAACGAUGAUUAUGAGGAUAAAAGCCAAUCAAUGAAUGGCUACUACACUAUGCCUCUUGUCAUGCAAGCACUACUGUCAGAAACCGAGCUGUGUCUUGAUGUCACUUAUGACAUCUCAGUAAUCUCCGAAGCCCAAGCUACAGCCCUCGUCAAUCAGAUGGAGCAUGUCAUGAAUGCACUUCUUACAAAUCAGCAGGAGCCACUUGCAAAUCUGGCUGUUGCUGGGGAAUGGGACCUCGCCCAGGCUGUAUCAUUCAAUAGCAAUAUGCCCGAGGUCAUAGAGUCCACUUUCCACGGAAUAGUAGAGGGCCAUUCAGCAAUGAAUCCAGAGUCUAUUGCUGUCGAUGCUUGGGAUGGAUCAUUUACGUACAAGGAAUUGGAUGAUAGAGCCAACCGCCUGGCGAGUUAUCUUAUCAUUCGAAACCUUGUGCAGCCGAGAGACCUUGUCCAUGUUUGUUUUGAGAAGUCAGCUUGGUAUCUGGUAGCCAUCCUGGCUAUCAACAAGACUGGUGCGGCAUGGGUCCCACUCGACCCAUCUCAUCCUGAACAAAGGAGAAAGCAAGUUGUUUUACAGACGGGUGCUACGCUGAUGCUUGCCUCACCAAGCAAUGCUCGAGCGGCUGAACAGCUGGUUGAGACUGUCAUCCAGGUGUCUGCUGAGCUGGAUAGCGAGUUGAUCAAUCGCAAGGAUGUACUAACAUCGGGAGUUGCCGUUGAUGUAUCACCGUCUGAUGCUUGCUAUGUUCUCUUCACGUCUGGAUCAACUGGUACACCCAAGGGUUUUGUCAUCGAGCACAUGCCCUUGUGUACAACCCAGAAGGCAUUCUCAAACCGCCUCGGGAUGACUUCUGAGGCCAGGGUCCUUGCAACCGCGUCUCAUGUAUUCGAUAUGUCUGUUGGAGAGGUAGUCUUCGGUCUCUUGGCCGGGGCUACAGUGUGUGUGCCAUCUGAAUCAGCCAGGAUGAAUGAUUUAGCGGCCUUCGUUCGCAACCACCGAGUAUCCUGGACUUGGCAAACGCCGGCAUUCGCUCGUACUAUGAGUCCAGAGACGAUGCCAUGUUUGGAAGUCAUGGUGCUAGCAGGUGAAUCUGUUGGUCGCGAUAUCUUCGAGACUUGGUUCAGUAAAGUCAGGCUGAUAAAUGGUUGGGGGCCGGCCGAGACUUGCUGUCUUAGCUCUCUGCAUGAGUGGACAUCUCCAACGGAAUCACUCUCGGCAAUUGGAACCCCCCUGGCGGAAUUCUGCUGGAUUGUGGAAACUGACAAUCCGAACCGGCUUGCCCCGAUUGGCACUGUUGGUGAGGUAGUAAUUCAAGGUCCGACAUUGCUUCGAGAGUAUCUGAACAAUCCCGAACAAUCCACGAAGUCAAUAAUCACGGACCUUCCAGAAUGGGUCCCAAAUAGACAACAGUGGAAUCGAUUCUAUCUUACUGGCGACCUGUGUUCAUAUAACGACCAAGGAUCUCUGGAGUUUGUUAGCCGCAAAGACAACCAAGUCAAGAUCCGGGGCAUGCGUAUCGAGCUAGGGGAAGUAGAACACCAAAUUCAAUCUCUGCUGCCACCCGAAUGCCAAAUUGCGGUAGAUAUCCUCAAAGGUACUGCCGGGCCUACAUUGGUGGCAUACAUCUGUUUCACGCAGGCAGCGAGAUACGCUGGUGCCAGUGAUGACUGGAGUGAUUUGUUUUCUCAGACAGAUUCUCCCCUACCGCAGAUGGUCUCUGGUCUUCGUUACGAGCUAGAAAUAGCACUUCCUGGGUACAUGGUCCCAUCGAUGUUUAUGCCAUGCCAGUACAUGCCCUUCAUCACAUCAACUAAACUCGCGAGACGGGUUCUGCUCGAAGAGACGGCAAAUCUUUCCCCAGAGCAGUUGAAUCAGUUCUCUCUCUCCAAUAUUGAUAAGCACGCACCAGAGACAGCUACUGAGAUCCAACUGCAGUCAAUUUGGGCACAGGUGUUGAGCAUUCCAGCCGACAGCAUUGGCCGCGACGAUAGCUUUUUGCGCAUUGGUGGAGAUUCAAUCACUUGCAUUAUGCUUUGCAAUGCUAUGCGAGAGAAUGGCCUCUCGAUUGAAGUCAGAGAUAUUUUUGAGGACCCCCGUCUUCACGCUGUUGCCCGCAAGGCCAUCCCAGCUGAACCCUCAACGGGUCUCGGCCACCCAGAGCCGUUCAGUCUCCUGUCUGCACCGCAUGGUGAUCUCAAAGCUUCCAUGCUUCAUGGAAUGAAGCUGCCAGAUGAUGUUGAUAUUUCUGAUAUGUAUCCUUGUACACCACUUCAGGAAGGACUUCUGGCCUUGUCAGUUACCCAGCCAAAAUCGUACAUUGCUCGCCAUGUGUAUAGUAUACCUGCUUCGGUUGAUAUCCCUCGCCUCAAGAGAGCAUGGGAGCGAACUGUGGAACUCUGUGUGAACCUUCGAACGAGAAUUUUAUUGAACAAUGGCACAGCAAUCCAGUGUAUCCUGGACAAUGAGCCUGUCUGGGAGAUUCAGACUACAGACAGCCUUCUUGCCUUCUUGGAGCAGAGCCGAGACAUUCGAAUGACAUAUGGAUCUCGCCUGAAUCAAUUCGCCAUCAUUGAAGAGUCUACUGUGAUGGGCACGUUCCAUGCACUCUACACGGAGACAACCGGAUUCAACUUGCAGCCAUACUCGAGCUUUGUCAACUACGUUAUGAAGCUUGAUCAAAGUGUUUCCCGUGAAUAUUGGGAAAGGCAGCUUGCCGGAUCCAGGAAACUAUCUUUCCCUCCAACAACAAAGAGUAGCCACAGUGUCCGAUCGGAUGUGUUGUAUCAUGAUGUUAGCUUGUGCAAACCUGAAGAUGAGGCCAUUACCCAGGCCACAGUGGUAAGAGCAGCUUGGGCUAUUCUUCUAGGACGUCACAGCGAUACAAGCGAUGUUUGCUUCGGCACUACUGUGUCCGGGCGUCAAGCAGCCCUCCCCGGAAUCACUGAUAUGCCUGGGAUUACACUUGCAACUGUCCCCGUUCGCGUCCAACUCAAUGCAAAGCUUACGGUUGGAGAUUUCCUAAGAGACAUUCAAAACCAAGCUUCAGAGAUGACAGGUUAUGAACAAUUCGGCAUCCAGAAUAUUGCAGGCCUCAGCCAGGACAUAAAAGAAGCGAUAGAUUUCACAAGUCUACUCGUUAUCCAGCCAAUCGACCAAAUGUUCAAUACUAAAUCGGACAACGAAUUCGUUGAGGCCAUUGAUGACUCGACGUACAAUGUCGACAAUGACAUGGAUGGAUACUUCAGCUACCCACUGGUUGUAAUGGCCAAUCUGUAUUCCGAAAAGGUUCAAUUGCAAAUUGUCUAUGAUCCAGACCUCCUGAACCGCGAUGCAAUUGAAGCCUUUGCGAAUCAGUUUGAACACAUUGUCCAACAACUCGUUGAACACACUGCAAGUUCCUUGGACGCAAUUUCCGUGGCUGGCCCAUGGGAUAUCAAAAAGGCCAAAGAGUGGAACUCGUCUGCACCAAAGCCUGUUCAGAAAUGCGUGCACAACUUGAUCUCCGCGAAGGCUGCGGAGCUUCCUGACCAGGAAGCCAUUUUUACAUCUAAUGGUAGCUUGACUUACAACGAACUUGAUAUUCUAUCAAGUAAGCUGGCCCUCUAUCUUAUGUCACUUGGCAUCGGUCCAGAGACCCUUGUUCCUUUCUGCUUCGAGAAGUCUAAGUUCGCUAUUGUUUCUAUGCUUGGUAUUAUGAAAGCAGGCGGUGUAUUCGUUCCACUUGAUCCAUCGCAUCCAAGAAGCCGUCGACAAGCUGUGGUUGAUGAGACAGGCUGUGAAUUCAUUUUAAGCUCCCCAGAAUCAGCCUCAGCCUGUGGCUCGAUGAACCCUAAAAUCAUCGAGAUUUCUGAAGCCUUCUUCGAAAAAAUGCGGGAUCUCACGAGUUUCAACUCGGAAAAAGCUCCACGAGCAGGUCCUCAGAAUGCUGCAUACGUAUUGUUCACCUCAGGUUCCACCGGGAAACCAAAGGCCAUCAUAGUUGAGCAUUCCGCGCUGUGUGGUAGUCUUCUAGGGGAGAAUAGGGUUUACCACCUUGGUAGCCAAUCUCGGGUUCUACAAUUUUCCAAUUAUGCUUUUGACGUUAGUCUUUGCGAGAUUUUGGAAACUCUCGUGUUUGGAGGCACUGUAUGCAUACCCUCAGACAAACAGCGGCUGGAAUCGCUGCCUCGUUUCAUGGAAGAGGCUCAGGUCAAUACAGCCAUGUUGACUUCAUCCUAUCUCAGAACGGUGAACCCAGCUGACGUCCCAUCUUUGCGUAUGUUGAUGCUAGUUGGUGAAGCUCCUAGUCAAGACAUAAUCACCACGUGGCAGCCACGAGUCAGACUGAUUAAUGCAUAUGGCCCAUCAGAAGUCUCCAUCUUUAUUGGGUCACAUGAAUAUAAAUCUAUCAAUGAUCAGGCUACGAAUGUUGGUACAGCCUUCGGAGGAAAUAUGUGGAUUGUCGAGCCAAAUGAUUUCAACAAACUUUCGCCGAUAGGAUGUGUGGGUGAAAUUCUCAUCCAAAGAGAUAUGGCCCGUGGGUAUCUCAACGAUGAGCAGAGAACAAAUGCAGCAUUCAUCAAGCAGGUCGGAUUCCUGGGUGCUACCGAAUACCCGAUCAAGUUUCACAAAUCUGGGGAUCUUGCGCGAUACAAUCCGGAUGGUACAAUUCAAUACCUUGGUCGCCGGGACACUCAGACUAAGCUUCGUGGUUAUCGAAUCGAAUUGGGAGAAGUGGAAUACAGUAUCCAAAAGCUGCUUCCAAAUGUAGAGCACGUUGCCGCAGAUGUCGUUUCAGUCGGUUCUCGAGAGACUCUUGUUGCGUUCUUGAGCUUCAAAAACCCAUCAGAUGAAACAGAUUUUGAAGGCGACGGAUCUGUCACGAACCUGUUCCUGUCCCACUCGGAGGGGAUGAAGCAGAAACUACAAAAGCUUCGCGACGAUCUUUAUACUGUUCUCACAAGCUAUAUGGUUCCAUCGGCUUUCCUCCCACUUCGAGAGAUGCCUCUGAAUAACUCGUUGAAGCUGGAUCGAGGCAGACUUCGAGCUUUGGCUUCAGGUCUCACGCAAGAGCAAUUAGCCCUGUUCUCCGUCGAUACUGGGGAAAAGGUUGAGCCGGUCACAGCAAUGGAGAUAAAAUUACGUUCUCUGUGGUCUGAAGCACUAGGAGCUGAUGUUGGUACUAUCGGCAGAUCUGAUAACUUCUUCCAGGUGGGAGGCAACUCUCUUGUGGCAAUUCAACUAAUGAGCAUUGCACGGGAGCAGAAUAUUUCGCUCACUGUAGCUGACAUCUUCGCCCAUCCCCGGUUGGAGGCUAUGGCUCUGGCGGUAUCCGGAACACACGUUGAGGUCCAAGACGUCGCUCCAAUGAGCAUGCUGUCCAUUCCGCGUGAGGACAUCGACUUGCAACUUCUGGAGCAGUCCGAUAUUCUCGUCACGUCAAUCCUUGAAGACGCUUUUCCCACUACGCCUCUUCAGCAAGGCCUCAUGGCCUUGUCUGCUAAGGGAGCUGAAUCAUAUAUCGCAUUCGCCAAUUUUGAAGUCUCCCCCUCAAUUGACAUUGAUCGAUUCAAGAAAGCAUGGGACCAGACAGUUCAAACUUGCAGCAGCUUACGUACUAGGAUACUUCACAUUCAGGAUCAGACCAUUCAAGUUAUCCUUAGGGAGUCUCCUACUUGGGACGUUGCUGAUGGAAUUUCCAUGUCUUCGUUCAAAGAAUUGGUAAAUGGAAAGUCAAUGACCUACGGAUCAAAGCUUUGCUACACCGCGAUUGUCGAAGAAAAUAGCCGACGUUUCUUUGCUCUUGCUAUCCAUCACGCAGUUUACGAUGGUUGGACUAUGGGACUGGUCUUGCGCACUCUUCACUCGCUUUAUACCGGAGGCACGCCGCCUGUUAUCCACCCUUAUGCAAGAUUUAUCAAGUAUACGCAAGACAUUGAGGAUGAUACAACUCGUCAAUACUGGCAAGGCUACUUGAAGGAUGCAACCUCGGGCUCGUUCCCUCGCGCUGCAAAGAGUUCGACAGACAACUUGACUUCCACCGUCGUCCGUACCAUCAAGUUCCCUUCUGCUAGCAAAACCGCCAUUACCAAAGCUACCAUCAUUAGGGCCGCUUGGGCUGUUAUCCUCUCCAAGUACUGUGAUUCUAGCGAUGUCACGUUUGGUAUGACCCUAUCUGGACGCCAGGCUCCUGUUCCGGGAUUGGCUGAAAUGACUGGCCCUGCAAUUGCUACUGUUCCUAUUCGUGUCAAUCUCGAGAAGCUAGGCUCUACCGUUGCCGAAUUCCUUCAAAAUCUACAAGAUGAAGCUUCCGGAAUGAUUGCUCAUGAACAGUAUGGCCUGCAAAACAUAGCCAAGACUGGGCCUGAUGCCCAGGAGGCCUGCAACUUUCAAAGUCUCCUGGUGAUUCAGCCAUUUUCUCCUUUAGAAAACAUUUCCAACGGUCCCGAUGCCAUGUUCUUGCCUGCCGCAAUCCAUGAAGAUACGGAUGCUUCCGCAUUCCAAGGAUUCCUGAGCUAUCCCCUUGUCAUUAACAGCCAUAUAUCUGAUGAUGAGGCACACCUUCAGCUGAUAUUCGAUUCUGUUUCAAUCCCUCGCAUUAGGAUUGAUGCCCUUUGCGAGCAUUUCAAUCACGUCAUUCAGCAACUUGUUGUUGAUACAGAUAUGUCUCUACAAGACCUUGAAGUUACCUCAACUUGGGAUCUCAAACAGGCAAUUUCAUGGAACGGUAAGGCUCCCGACUCAAUCAACGGAUGUUGGCAUGAGGUUGUUGAAGUCAACGCUAUACGUCAGCCCCAUUCCCUGGCUGUAAGUGCGUGGGAUGGAAACCUUACCUACAAAGGUCUAAAUGAUGCUGCCGAUCGACUAGCUCGGCAUCUGGUCCACGUUAGGAACGUAAAGCAAGGGGACAAUAUCUUGGUCUGCUUUGAAAAGUCUUUGUGGCACACUGUUUGCAUAUUGGCUAUUAGCAAGGCUGGAGCUACUUACGUGCCCCUCGAGCCUUCAUACCCAACGCAGCGCAAAGAAUAUAUUAUGAAACAAACGAAGAGCAAGCUCGCAAUAGCUUCACCGGCCAAUUCUCAAGACUGUUGGGACCUGAUUGGCAAUGUCUUGGAGGUUUCGGGAGCUUUAGAAGCACAACUCAUUAAACAGGGCUCGCCCAAGCAUCUUCACAAGGUUUCGUCUGAAAUAGCUGCGUAUAUCAUUUUCACCUCUGGGAGUACAGGAACGCCCAAGGGUGUUGUCAUCGAGCAACGAUCAUUGGUGACUGGGCAAGCUACAAUGUUCAACAAUCUUGGGUUGCAAGAAGACGUAAGAAUGCUUCAAUUUGCUUCAUAUGCAUUCGACUACUCCAUCUGUGAGAUCAUUGGCACAUUAAUGCACGGCGGCUCUAUCCACGUGCCAUCCGAAGACACUAGGAUGAACAAUCUUGCACACUUCAUCAAUGAGAAUAACGUCAACACUAUCGGCAUCACCCCUACUUUUGCACGAACAUUGUACCCGAGAGAUAUUCCCACCGUCAAGUGUGUCAUUCUAGGAGGCGAGGCUGUUCCACAAGACCUGGUUGCAACUUGGUUUGACAAAGUACGACUAUUGAAUGCCUGGGGCCCUACUGAAGCAACAAUCUGCAGUGCGUUCCAUGAAUACAGUUCCCUCAAUGAGUCCCCUCUCACAAUUGGUCGCCCCACGGGCUGUUUCUGCUGGAUUGUCGAUGCAAAUAAUCCUCAUCGCUUGGCGCCGAUAGGAACCACUGGAGAGGUUGUUAUCCAGGGACCAACUUUGUUACGAGAAUAUAUCGGAGACGAAGAAAGAACCAAGCAAAGUGUUGUUUAUCCUAUUCCUGAAUGGGCUCCCUACAGAAGCACAUCCGGGUGGGAUCGCAUGUAUAAAACCGGCGAUCUCUGCCAUUACAACGCCGAUGGGACAAUUGAAUUUGUUUCUCGAAAGGAUAACCAAAUCAAAAUCAGAGGUCUCCGUGUGGAGUUGGGAGAAAUUGAACAUCAUAUCCGGCAAGCGCUUCAUGGUGUUGCUCAAGUGGUAGUUGACAUGCUCACCAAUGAGUCCGGAUCAGCCAUCGUAUCCUUCUUCUCGUAUAAUGAAGAGAUGCGGGUCAACACUGACUCAAAGAAUGUCUUCUCUCGCCUCACACCGGGUCUUCAUGAUCGAGUUUCGGAGAUGCUUGGCAGGCUCAACCUUGUCCUUCCGGCAUAUAUGGUCCCCACUGUCUUCAUCCCCUGUGACUUCAUGCCAGCGAUUACAUCUGGCAAGCUUGAUAGAAAAAUGCUACAUAGCCUUGCAGAAAUUCUCACCAAGGACGAAUUAGCAGAUUAUUCACUGGUCAGUUCCACGAAAAGGCAGCCUGAAACUGAGAUGGAAUCCAGAAUGCAAGUCAUGUGGGCAGAGCUCCUUAAUCUGCCGCUGGAAUCAAUUGGGAGAGACGAUAGCUUCUUACGCAUUGGCGGUGACUCGGUGAUGGCAAUUACUUUGGUCAGUGCCUCCCGGGCAACCGGCAUUUUGUUUUCGGUCAAAGACAUAUUUGAUGACCCUCGCCUUUGCGCUGUAGCUGCCCGGGCUAUUGAGCAAGAGCCCGGAGCUGAUGAUAUUGCCGAGAUCAAGCCUUUUGAAUUGCUGGAUGCUAAUACUCGCUCUGAGGCCGUUGGCUCGUCUGUUCGCGAGGUUUGCGGUCUACAAGACAGCCUUCGCAUAGAGAAUGCAAUGCCCGUAACCCCACUUCAAGAAGGAUUCAUUGCCUUGGCCAUGAAGCAGCCAGGGAGCUACAUUGCUCAGUGGGUUUAUGAGCUUGCAGAAAAUGUUGAUGCUGGCCGUUUCGCGGCAGCCUGGGAAGAGACCGUCAGAAUCACGGUUACAGACGAUAUUUCUUGGGAGGAUACAACCGGGCUGACCUUGGCUGAGACCCUGGACAAAACGGGUUCCAUUGAAAUGACUCUUGGUUCACGAUUGAGUCGCUAUGCAUUGGUCAAGGAACCUGGAUCCAGCAAGACAUAUUUCGUAUUUCUCGUUCAUCACGCUGUUUAUGACGGCUGGACAAUGCGUAUCAUCAUGAGCACUUUGACUAGUGUCUACCACGAUUACCCAGCACCGGACCUUAUGCCCUUUGACCACUUUAUCAAGUAUGUUCAAGACCUUGAUCGGGAUUCUGCGAAGAAGUACUGGCAAGAGCAGCUUCAAGAUGCAAAGCGAGCUGCGUUCCCUCGCAUGUUGAAAAAUCAAGACGCCGGUACAACCAAGCUUGUUACAAGGAAUCUACAACUCCCUGCUACUGAUUCCUCUAUCACCAAGGCAACGCUCAUCCGAGCAGCAUGGGCGAUCGUUUUAGCAAGGUAUUCAGAAACCAAGGACGUUUGCUUUGGAACGUCUCUGUCAGGUAGACAAGCUCCCGUACCAGGACUAGGCGAAAUGGCCGGCCCAGCAGUUGCCACCGUACCCGUACGCAUCAAACUUGAUGAGAAUCCUCUUAUUUCUGAGUUCCUCAACAAAGUGCAAGCACAAGCAUCCGACAUGAUCCCGUAUGAGCAGUUCGGUCUUCAGAACAUCGCCAAGAUUUCUCCGGAUGUUCAAGAGGCUUGUAACUUUUCGAGUCUUCUAGUGGUUCAACCAUUUGAGAGGAUGGAUCAGCUCGCAGAGGCUGCAGAUUCUAUCCUGCAAUUGACUAGUAUGGAAGAAGAUUUCGCCGAGAGAAACCUCAAGGGUUAUUUCAAUAUGCCCUUGGUUCUCCAAGUUCUUGUCUCUGAGGAGGAACUUAGCAUGAGUAUGUCCUACGACGUUCAAGUUUCAGACGAGAAACAGGUCUCCGCCAUGUUGCAUCAUAUGGAGCAUGUGAUCGUUGAGCUCCUCGGAGAGGAUAAACAGCUGCAUGACGUGUUUAUUACGGGAGAAUGGGACUUGGAGCAAGCUCUCACGGUCAAUAGCGAAGUCCCUGAGAUUUUCGAUGCAACAUUCCAUGAGAUGGUGGAUAAGCAAGCUGUACUCAACCCCGAUUCAGUUGCUAUCCAUUCUUGGGAUGGGUCGUUUACAUACAAAGAGUUGGUGACGCACGCCAAUAAAUGGGCUAGACAUCUCAUCCAAUCGGCGCUUGUUAGACCUAAUGACCUCGUUCAUGUCUGCUUUGAAAAGUCAAAAUGGUAUUUCGUAGCUAUCCUAGCAGUUAACAAGGCUGGCGCUGCCUGGGUGCCACUUGAUCCGUCGCACCCUCAGCAACGGCAUCAACAAAUCGUCAAGCAAACGGGAUCUCAAGUUGUUCUCACAUCGCCUCGAAACUCGAGCCUGUUCCUGAAUGUAAUUCAGAAUACUGUCGAGAUUUCGGCUGAGUUCGACGGCCAAUUGAAAGAUGACGGUCCAAUUGAUAUCCGUGUGUCCCCUCAAGAUCCAGUAUACGUCCUCUUCACCUCAGGAUCAACCGGCACGCCAAAGGGUCUGAUAAUGGAACAUAGCUCUGCUAUUACCAGUAUCAUGUCGUUUACAAAGAGGCUCAACAUACAAGAGUCCGUUAGGACUCUCCAAUUUGCCCCUUUUGUGGUGGACUUUUCGAUAGGCGAAAUUCUCUUCUCUCUACUGAAUGGAAUGAGCCUUUUUGUUCCCUCUGACGCUGAAAGGCUUAAUGAUUUACCGGGCUUUAUUAGACAACACAGCAUCGCUUGGGCAUUCCUAACCCCGUCCUUUGCCCGCACUAUCAAGCCUGGGGAAGUGCCUACCCUAGAGCUCCUGCUCUUGGCCGGCGAACAAGUCACCCAAGACCUCUUCGAUACUUGGGUCAGUAGAGUAAGGUUCCUCAAUGUCUGGGGGCCUGGAGAAGACUGUUUCCUUAGUUCGCUACACGAGUGGAGGUCCGACCAAGAAUCAGUAUAUACGGUUGGUAAACCAGCUGGUUCUUUGAGUUGGAUCGUCGAACCCGAUGACCCUUCCAAACUGGCCCCAUUCGGCACGGUUGGUGAAGUGAUUAUUCAAGGCCCGACACUAAUGAGGGAAUAUUUGGCGGACCCAGACCGAACGGCAGAGGCCAUGGGAAUCAAACCCCCUUCUUGGGCGUUCAACUCUUCAGACAAACGCUGGAGUCGCUUUUAUCGGACAGGUGACCUUUGCUAUUACAGACAUGAUGGCACUCUGGCAUUCUUUGCAAGGAAGGAUACCCAAGUCAAGAUCCGAGGUCUUCGCGUCGAAGUCAGCGAAGUAGAACAUCAGAUUCGAUCAAGCAUCCCCCAAGGUUGCGAGGCAGUAGUGGGAACAUUACGUGGAACAGGAGGUGUGAACCUCGUGGCAUACAUCUGCUUAGAUCCGGAGGCGACGUCCUCAGGGACCUCAAGUGCUCACGAUAAUCUCUUUUUGGCCAUGGAUCCCGAUGUUCAAACUCAAAUGAUUGCACUGAAGAAGAAAGUCGGUGCUGCACUUCCGACUUAUAUGGUUCCAACUCUGUACAUUCCUUGCAAGACGAUCCCAUCUGUUAGCGGCAAGGUUGACCGAAAGAGGCUUCAGGAGCAGACACAUAAAUUAGACCAAGCUCAAAUAUCGGAGUACGGACUUCAAAAUGUUGAGAAGCGUAAGCCUGAAACAAAGCUCGAGGUUAAGCUCCAAAAGAUUUGGGCGGAUGUGCUUAGCAUUGACCCCGACUCAAUUGGAUGUGAUGAUAACUUCCUUGCAAUCGGCGGUGAUUCAAUCUCGGCAAUUAAUCUUAUGACUGCUGCACGUGAGGACAACAUUUUCAUCACUGUUGACGAGAUCUUCCGCCACUCUGAUUUAGCUAGCAUGGCUCUGCAUGUUGGAAAGUCAGUUAACUCACAAGCCCUCGUGACCGAGGUGAAGCCUUUUGAAUUGCUUGCCGACGAUGAAAGGGGACUCAUCAAGAGCGACGGACUGCGCAAGCUCUAUAGUAUACCAGGGAAUUGUAACAUUGAGGACGCGUUCCCAUGCUCGCCUUUACAAGAAGGCCUUAUCGCAUUGGCUGUAAAGCAUCCAGGCUCAUACAUUUCCAAAUACGUAUUCAAGCUCCCCAGCCACGUGGAUAUUGACCGGUUUAGAACGUCUUGGGAGAAGGCAGUCCAAAUGAAUCGUAACCUGCGAACUCGGAUUAUCCCUGCCGACCAACGGUCCCUUCAGAUCUAUAUUACUGGUGAUCAGGAGUGGGAAGACACGGAAGGCUUGGAUCUGGACGCGUACAUCAAAGCUACUCGAACUUGGGAGAUGGCUUAUGGAUCUAAGCUGAGUCGCUAUGCGAUGGUAAAGAAUGACUCUGGAGACAGUCAUUUCGUCUGGAUUGCGCAUCAUUCGAUCAUUGACGGCUGGUCUUUACAAAUAACGUUCAGAACUCUUCAUGAGUACUAUUGGAACAGCCCUGUUACCUCGCUUCCAUCGUAUCCAAGGUUUAUCAAGAACAUAAUGGAGCUUGAUAACGACGAGGCGAGCUCAUUCUGGGCGCGAAAAUUAGAAGGUGCCUCGCGUCCUUCUUUUCCCUCACCGCAUCUGGAUACCAAGCCCAACUUCGAGUUUGUUUACCAGGAUAUAAACAUACCUAAAACCUUCUCCGGCUCCAUCACGAAAGCUACAGUUCUACGAGCGGCGUGGGCAAUUGUUCAGGCAAAACAUUGUAACUCUGAUGACAUUUGCUUUGGAGCUACUCUCUCUGGACGCAAUACCUCACUUGUUGGCCUCCAGAAUAUGCCUGGCCCAGCUAUCACGACAAUCCCUGUUCGUAUCAAACUUCAAGAUCGGAGUCAAUCUAUUCAGGAGCUUCUUCAACAAGUACAGGAUGAGGCUAUCGAGAUGUCGGCUUUCGAGCAAUUUGGUGUGCAGAAUAUUGCCAAGGUUAGCGAUCACGCGAGGGAUGCAUGCCGAUUCUCAACCCUCAUGGUUAUUCGACCAAAGCAGUAUCUGCAGGAAUCUGGAAAUGACAUUCUCAUAACCACUGACGAAGAGAUGAACAUUACCGAGAAAGAAAUGGUGAAUUACUUCAAUUAUCCUCUCAUCAUCGAAUCGGGAAUGCUCGAUAACAAAAUAAGCAUCCGAUUCGUUCAUGACACGAAUAGCUUGACGAAGGAUCUAGUAGAAGCUAUUGCGCAUCAGCUCGACGAAAUCGCUACACAACUCUUUACUAAAAACUCGAAGACAGUUGGAGAUUUGGUGUUUUCCGAAUCUUGGGACCAGGAACACGCACUUAGACACCAAAACUUGAUGCCUUCUACUGACAUGUGUUCUCAUGCCAUGAUACUGAAGCAGACCAGGGAGACUCCGGACCUUCCUGCCAUUGUGUCUUGGGACGGUACAAUGACUUACAGGGAGGUCAGGGAUUAUGCUUCGAGACUCGCUGCGCAGCUCCAGUCUCUUGGAGUUGGACCCGAGCAACUUGUGCCAAUAUGCUUCCCGAAAUCGAUUUGGGCUGCAGUGUCCAUGAUCGCGAUCAAUCUGGCUGGUGCUGCUUUUGUUCCAUUAGACCCUACUGCACCGGUGAACCGGCUCAAGACAAUCAUCGAGGAUGUCCAAGCCACCCUUGUCCUCUCAUCAGAAGAUUCUCGCCAGAUUGCCAAGCAGUUGGGCACAAAGCCACUGCCAGUGAGCGAAGGCUUCGUCAAGGGUCUACCUGCAGCCUCUCCGACCGAGCUCACAGGAGCCGCCAAGCCAUCGAAUGCCAGCUUCGCAAUCUUCACUUCCGGAUCAACUGGGAAACCCAAGGGUAUUCUGCAUGACCAUGCCUCCCUCUGCUCAGCCAUUGUUGGCUACACCGACAAGAUGAGUUUCGGACCUGGAACUAGAGUAUUCGCUUAUUCUGCAUACACGUUUGAUUGGGGUAUAAUGGAUGUUUUCGGUCCCCUUUCCCGAGGUGCCUGUGUUUGCAUUCCAUCUGACUACCAGCGUUACAAUGGCAUCGCCGAAGCAAUCAACGAGCUUCAAGCCAAUUGGGCUUUUUUCACUCCCACAGUUGCUGGCCUGAUCGAUCCUGUGAGCGUGCCAACCCUCAAGGAUAUUGGUUUGGGAGGAGAAGCUAUUUCGCAGCAGCUAGUCGACCGCUGGAGAGAUUUUGUUACUCUUCACAAUUUCUAUGGACCAGCUGAAGCUACCAUUAAUGGCUAUCAGACAGUAGGCAAAUCAGACAACCCCAACAAUAUCGGCGGCCCAAUAUCAUCAGCAUGGUGGGUCGUUGAACCUGAAAAUUUGAAGAAGACUGUUCCUGUCGGCUGCAUUGGCGAGCUGCUCAUCCAAGGUCCUCUGUUGGCCCGCGGCUACAUCAACGGGGGCGAGCAGGCUGAUGCUGCUUGGUUAGAUAAUGUUGACUGGCUGCCAGGACAUAUGCCCAGCAGAGCAUACAGAACUGGAGAUCUUGUGCGCCGCAAUGCAGAUGGCAGCUUUGAUUUUAUUGGGCGGAAAGACACACAAAUCAAGCUCCACGGCCAGCGUGUCGAGCUGACAGAAAUUGAAUCUCGCCUAGAUGAGAUCUUGCCCCAAGAUAUGACCUGCGUCAUUGACACAAUUAUGAAUGAUGAGACCAAGUCAAAUACCUUAGUCGCUCUCAUGUGGUAUUCUACGGGGCCCAUUUCAACUCAUCCUCAAGUCGAACUAGUUUCAGAAGUCACCGAAGAGAUGAGAAGUCUUAUUGCUUCUAUUGACUCUUCUCUGCAUCACGUACUGGCGAGCUACAUGGUCCCUAGUAUGUAUCUUAUAUUCCAGGGUAUACCUGAGCGCCUUAGUUCUGGAAAGAUUGAUCGUCGUAAACUCCGGUCGAUUGCACACGAUACACAUGCAAAAGAUCGUCUGAAAUUCUCACCCUCUGAGACAACAGGCGAGCCACCAGCCACAGAGAGAGAGCUAAGACUCCGUGAGUUGUGGGCGCAAGUCCUCCGAAUCGAUGCGGACGAGAUCAAACGUCAUGAUAGCUUUUUGAGAGCUGGCGGUGACUCCAUCAGUGCUAUUAGGUUGGUGACUCUAGCACAUGAGAGAGGGUUGGUUCUUGAUGUUGCGACAGUCUUCCGAGAUCCCAGACUCUCUGCUAUGGCAGCCGCGACAGAUUCAAGUAUCCAUGCUCUCGAAUAUAAUGUUGAACCCUUUGGUCUUGCUGAUCAAGACAAGGUUGCCACUAUUACCAUUGAAGCUCGAAAGCAGUGCAAUCUCUCCGGUGGAACAGUCAUCGAUGAUAUUUUCCCAGCCACUCAUCUACAACAGGGACUCAUGGCUCUCACCGUCAAGCAGCCCGGGUCAUACAUUGCCAGGCAUGCAUAUCAACUAUCGGAGGAUAUCGACAUCCCGAGGUUCCAAGAGGCACUCCGAAAGACAGUUGCGACAUGCACCAACUUGCGCACUCGGAUAAUCGAUUUUGAGGGUCAAGCACUGCAGGUCGUUGUUCAAGAUGACUAUGAGUGUGAAAUAGCACCUGGACACGCGGAUCUUAACUCUUUGAUGGAAUCUUCGAAUAAGACAAACAUGACAUACGGAUCUCGGCUGAACCGAUUCAUGUUGGCAAAAGGUAACAGUGGCAUUUGCUUCUUAUGGCUUAGCCAUCAUACUACUUUCGAUGGCUGGAGUCUUGGAAUUGUCAUGUCCAUCUUGAACAAAUUCUACCAACGCAUGGAGGUUCCAGAGGUCAAGCCAUACUCAGCGUUCGUCUCAUAUACCUUGGCAGUCGACAAUGCUGCCGCCGAAACGUAUUGGGCCAGUCAAUUGAGCGGCUCCCAAAAGGCGUCGUUUCCCUCACAUCAGCUGACUCCUUCGGGCGUAACGCAAGUGUUCGCAAAGGAACUCACACUGCCUCAAUCUGCUAGAAGCUCAAUAACUCGAGCUACAAUUCUUCGAGCGGCAUGGGCAAUACUCCUUGCGAAGUACUGCGGGACAGAGAGCGCCACUUUCGGUGCCACUGUUUCUGGCCGCAAUGCUCCUGUCCAAGGAAUCGAGAACAUCUCUGGCGCUAUGAUUGCAACGCUACCGAUUCAUAUCGUAUUGAGCCCUCAGACUUCCGUUGGAAAGUUCCUAGAUGACGUGCAGAGGCAGUCGUUGGAUAUGAUCGCAUAUGAACAAUUCGGUUUACAUAACAUUGCAAAGAUCAAUGCCGAUACCAAAGAAGGCUGUGACUUCUCAAGUUUGAUCGUGAUUCAGCCAGCUCAGAAGAUGGGUCUAGGUACCGGCAAUGAAAUAAUGAGCCCUAUCAAUUCAGACGAUAGGCCUAUUGAGGAGUCUCUCCAGGGGUACUUCAACUAUCCGCUGGUGAUGCAAGCUGCGUUGAUCGAUGACAAGGUUGAAUUGGCCCUUAUUUACGAUACAGGGGUCCUUAAACACACGCAAGUCCAGGCUCUUGGCUACCAAUUCGAGAAGCUUGUUUCCGAGCUUCUUACAAUGAGCAGCGACAGGCCUCUAAAGGAUAUUACAAUGACAUCGUCGUGGGAUAUUGAAACCAUCAAUUCUCGCAACCCUGUACCAGAGAUCAUUGAGUCUUGCAUGCACCACGUUAUUGAAAAGUACGCUGCUAUUCGUCCAAAUUCACCAGCCGUCUUCUCUUGGGAUGGCCAGCUGAGUUAUAGCGAGCUUAACGAUGCUGCAAAUCGUCUUGCAUCCCACCUUGUGAGGGAAUGUAAUGUCCAAGUAGGCGAUAUCAUUCACUUGUGCUUCGAAAAAUCCAUGUGGUACUUUGUAGCCAUGCUAGCUUCGAUGAAAGCUGGGGCAGUAUUUUCUCCCAUUGACCCGGAGCAUCCUGAACAGCGCAAGCAGUCCAUUAUCAACCAGACCCAGGCAAAGAUUAUUAUUGCUUCUCCUCGCUACGAAGCGAUGUGCAAUGGUCUUGUUAACACGGUCAUUCCUUUAUCACCAAGCCUAGAUGCUGAACUGGACCGCGUGCAAAAUAAUAUUGUCACGGCUGUCUCUCCAGAUGAUCGUUGCUAUAUCAUGUUUACAUCAGGAAGCACUGGAACGCCGAAGGGCUUUGUCAUUACUCAUCGAUCUCUGUGUACCGGACAGCAUGCCAUCACCAAGGCCACAAAAUUGGACUCAAGCGCUCGCGUGCUUCAGUUCUCCAACUUUGUUUUUGACUUCUCAAUUGGUGAGAUUUUCCAGGCUAUGAAUAAUGGGGCAUGCAUCUGCGUCCCUUCCGAAGAAGCCCGAUUCAACGACAUCAACGGAUUUAUUCACACCGCACACAUCAAUAGCUUAUUAAUAAGUCCAGCCUUUGCCAGGACGCUGACCCCGUCUGAGAUCCCGUCAGUCGACUUCCUCCUGCUUGGAGGAGAGAAUGUGCCCCAUGACUUGUUCGAAACCUGGUUCGGAAAGGUUCGACUCUUGAAUGCAUGGGGUCCGGGCGAGGCCUGCUUCGCUGCAUCUAUACACGAGUAUGGAUCCAUCAAUGAAUCACCGGCUUCGAUUGGCUUGCCAGUAGGAGCAUUCUCGUGGAUCGUAGACCCUGAUGAUCACACGAAGCUUGCACCAAUUGGCACUAUCGGUGAAGUCCUUAUCCACGGACCUACAGUCCUUCAAGAGUAUCUUGGUGACCUCGAGAAGACGAAGGCAACUAUGGUGACCGACCUUGCUCCUUGGGCGCAACAAAGGGACAUACCCUCUAGCCGAGCAUUCAAGUCUGGUGAUCUCGCGUUUUAUAAUGCCAACGGCGUGAUAGAAUUCGUCGGCCGGAAGGACACGCAAGUGAAGAUUCGCGGUCUCAGAGUUGAACUCGGAGAAAUCGAACACCAAGUUUCAUCUAUCUUGGACGGCGUUUCUCAAGCCAUUGCUGAGGUCCAUCGAACAGACGAGGCUUCUCGCAUUGUUCUUUACUUUUCAUUCUCCAAUGACAGACGAAGUGUAGAUGACUUAUCCCCAACAGACGCAAUGUUCUCUGAUAUCACGCCCGAGGUUGAAGCCAAGCUCCAGGAGCUGACCGGGAAGUUGAAGAUGGUUCUUCCAGGAUAUAUGGUUCCAUCAAUCUUUGUUCCCUGCAACUUUAUGCCAAUAGGCCGAUCAUCAAAGCUGGACCGUGGCCUACUGAGACGCCUUGUGGCAGACCUUGACACGGAUAGACUCCAACAUUAUUCUCUUGCAAAUAGCGUGAAGAGAUCGCCGGAGUCCCCAAUGGAAUUCCGUCUCAGAUCAAUCUGGGCAUCAAUCCUGAAUCUGCCCGAAGACUCUAUAGGAAGAGAUGACAGCUUUCUUCAGAUUGGUGGAGACUCAGUUUCUGCUAUCCACCUCGUCACUGCAGCCCGUGGCCUUGGCAUCAAGUUAACCGUGCAGAAUCUCUUCGAUGACCCACGACUGUUUAUGGUGGCAUCUCAUUGCGUUGAGAUUGAGGUCCCUACUGAAUCUUAUGAAGACCUCGAACCAUUUGAGUUGGUCCCCGACUCCCUCCACGACAUGGACUGGGAAAGUGAGGCAAUUGAGUUGUGUGAUCUUGACGAUGAACAGACCAUUGAAAAUGCCAUGCCAGUCACGCCUUUCCAGGAAGGUUUGAUGGCUCUUCUAAUGAAGCAACCGGGUUCAUAUAUUGCAAAAUGGGUGUACCGUAUUCCUGCCAAUGUCGACAUCCGUCGAUUCCGCAACGCUUGGGCCAAGGUUGUCUUAUUCUGCCGGAACUUGCGAACUCGUAUCAUCAAUAUUGGCCAAGUUCCAUUGCAAGUGAAGUUCUUAGAUCUACAUAAGAAUAUCACGAUGGCUCCCGGUACUAGGUUGAAUAGAUGGGCACUCAUUAAAGAACCCACCGGCGAAAAUUACUUCGUUCUAAUCACCCAUCACGCUACUUACGACGGUUGGACAAUGAGACUAAUGCUACGGACUUUGGCCGAAGCUUACAAGCGAUCCAAGGGACCUUGGCCCAAGCCAUUUGACGGGUUCAUUAAGUACACAACGAAAAUGAACAAUGGUCGCGCUCGGGAGUACUGGCUCGAUCAACUGCGUGACGCCAAAGCCGCCCCUUUCCCACCCGUCACACGCAAUGCUGAGACGAAGACCGAAGUCAUGAACAAGCUUGUGGAGCUACCCAGAUCCUCACACAACGGGAUUACGCAAGCUACAGUCAUGCGAGCAGCUUGGGCUUUGGUACUUUCGCAGUAUAGCGAAAUGAACGACAUCUGCUUCGGUACUUCUGUUUCCGGUCGACAGGCAUCUGUUCCUGGCAUUGGUGAGAUAGCCGGCCCUGUAGUAACUACGACACCAGUCCAUGUGCGAAUCGAUAGGAGCAGCUCGGUUUCUGGGUUUCUGCAAAGGAUCCAAUCCCAGGCUACUGAAAUGAUCAACUAUGAGCAGUUCGGAUUGCAGAACAUCUUGAAGCUGGGAGACAAUAUCAAAGAAGCUUGUACUUUCAGCAGCUUGCUUGUCAUUCAACCAAUGGAGAAGCUGCUUGAAAUGGGUAGUGAUUCCGACGCAAUUGUUAUCCCCGUCGAAACUGGAAAUGGGGAUUCAUCAAGCCUCGAGGGCUACUUCAGUUAUCCUCUGGUUGUUCAGACUCUUGUAUCUUCCGAGAUGAUUCGAUUGAACGUGACGUACAACUCCUGUGAGUUGAGCGAGCUGCAAAUUACCGGUUUGGUCAAUCAGCUUGAGCAUAUUAUCAAGACACUUACCGUUGAGACUUCGCGACUUUUGAGCGAAAUUUCAAUUGCCGGUGACUGGGAUCUAAAGCAAGCAAUGGAACUCAAUAACGAGGUGUCAAACAUCAUGGAUGUCACUUUCCAUGACUUAGUUGCGCAGCAGGCCAAGAUUCAACCACAAGCUGUUGCCAUUCGGGCCAGUGAUUCAACCCUCACGUACGGCGAGUUGGAUACUUACGCCAAUAAUCUAGCAUCUCAUCUGGUCAACGCACUGGACGUCAAAAGAGGUGAUCUCGUACAUGUGUGCUUCGAGAAAUCAGCUUGGCAUUUUGUUUCCAUCUUGGCAAUUAACAAGUCUGGCGCUGCUUGGGUUCCGCUUGACCCAUCUCACCCAACUCAGCGUCAUCAACAGGUGGUUUCUCAGACUGGAGCAGGUUUGAUACUAUCGUCGUCUAAAUACACGAACACCAUUUCGAGCCUGGUUCCCACUACUCUCGAGAUCACGUCGAGUUUCCUGCACAAUCUGUCCCUGGAGAUCGGCAACAGAGACAGAGACGUCCCAACUAAUAUCGCUAGAGGGUCUGAUGCAUGCUACGUCUUGUUCACGUCCGGGAGCACAGGCACGCCAAAGGGUCUUGUAAUGACACAUCGAUCCGUUUGCACUAGCCAAAAAGCGAUCGGUGACAGACUCGGCUUGUCUCCCGAAGUCAACAUGUUGCAGUUCGCAGCCUUUGUCUUCGACCUUUCCAUAGGCGAAAUUGUGGGAGCUCUAAUUACGGGCGCUACUGUCUGUGUACCAUCUGACGAAUCGAGAUUGAACGAUCUGAGUUCCUUCAUUCGCGAUAACAAUGUGACUUGGGCGUACCUCACUCCAUCCUUUGCGCGGACUUUGACACCUGAAUCAGUGCCGUCAUUGGAACUGAUGCUAUUUGCUGGAGAAGCAGUUGGCCGUGAUGUUUUUGAAACAUGGGUCACGACAAAAGUUCGGCUCGUGAAUGGCUGGGGACCUGCGGAAACCUGUUGCUUUAGUACACUGCACGAAUGGAAGUCGGCCGACGAAUCCUCCCUAACACUAGGAAGGCCCGUCGGAGGAUUCUGCUGGAUUGUCGACCCCGAGGACCAUAACAGGCUUGCUCCCAUAGGAACGAUGGGAGAGAUCAUGAUUCAAGGACCUACCAUCUUAAAGGAAUACCUAGCAGAUCCAGAAAGGACCGCGGCAACUACGAUGACUAGUCUGCCAUCCUGGGCCCCGAAGUCUAAGGAGGAGAACUGGAGUCGCUUUUACAAGUCUGGUGAUUUAGGGUUCUAUAACGCCCAGGGUCUGAUCGAGUUUUCCACCCGCAAGGACACUCAAAUCAAGAUCCGUGGCCUCAGAGUUGAAUUAGGUGAAGUUGAGCACCAAAUCAAAGUCAACUUCCCACCUGCUCAACAGGUUGCUGUUGAUGUGUUCAAUUCACCAGCCGGGGCUACUCUCGUUGCCUACUUCUGCCUGACCAACAACAAUCAAAUAUCUGGCAGAUCAGACGGUUGGACGAGCAUUUUCGAAUCUAUUCCUGCUGGUAUGUAUGCAGAUCUUACGUCUCUAACAAGCAAGCUUGACGUUGUUCUGCCGCGGUACAUGAUUCCUUCUAUGUUCAUACCGUGUAGCUUCAUGCCUUUUAUUACAUCUUCCAAACUUGAUAGAAAGGCUUUGAAGGCUCUGACCUCGGCACUCAAUGCCGAGAGUCUACAGCAUUAUUCCCUCUCAGACUCAGCAAAAGCCCUUCCUGAGUCAGCUAUAGAAAUCAAGAUCCAAACUAUCUGGGCCGAGCUACUCAAGAUAUCCGCCGAGUCAAUUGGAAAGGAUGACAGCUUCCUCCGUCUAGGCGGUGAUUCGAUAACUGCAAUCCAUUUCGUUAAUGCAGCUCGUGAAUCCGGUCUACAGGUCUCAGUACAGAACAUUUUCGAUGACCCUCGACUAUCCGCCAUUGCUGCUCGUGCGACCGAGAUCGAUUCUCAAUCCGAACUCACAGAGUUGCAACCAUUUGAUCUUUUGGAUGAAUCUUUGCGGUCAUCGGUUCUGGGAGAUGAUAUUCGGGACGCUUGCAACCUGACUGAUGGGCAAGAAAUUGAAAAUUCAUUCCCAGUCACUCCCCUACAAGAAGGCUUGAUGGCAUUGUCAGUUAAGCAGCCGGGAUCCUACAUCGCAAAGUGGAUCUACCGCUUAGCAGCGGAUGUCGAUCUUGAUAAGUUGCGCCGUGCCUUCGAGCAUACGGUUCAGACAUGCGCAAAUCUACGAACCCGCAUAGUUCGUGUUUCCGACACAACUGUUCAACUUUACGUAAAGAACGACAUCUCGUGGGAGGAGACCUCGGGAAUGAGUCUUCUCGACUUUAUGAAAGUGGCUGAUGAUAUGAAAAUGCAGUUUGGCUCACGCUUGAACCGCUAUGCUAUUGUCAGGGAUGAAAGCUCCGGGCACAACUAUUUUGUCUUGAUUGCUCACCAUGCAUCCUAUGAUGGUUGGAGCAUGCAACUAGUCCUGAGUGUUUUGUCUGAUGCUUAUAACGGCAACUUCAAUUCGGUCGUAAAACCUUUCGACCACUUUAUCCAUUACUUAGCGAACUUGGACAAGGAAGAUGGCCGUAACUUCUGGUUGAAGCAGCUUGAAGAUUGCAACCCCACUACAUUCCCUAGUGUUUCAAGAACUCCGAAAGCUCCUCUUACUAAGGUUCUCAACCAAAAGAUGGAAGUUCGUGAGGUUGAUCCGUCCAUUACCAAGGCCACGAUUGUCCGAGCUGCAUGGGCAAUCGUUUUGGGUAGAUACUGUGACACCGACGACAUUUGCUUCGGGACUUCUAUUUCAGGGCGACAAGCUCCUGUUUCUAAUUUGGGGCAAAUAGCAGGCCCGGCUGUCGCCACUCUGCCCAUUCGGAUUCGUCUGGAUGGCUCUGUGUCAAUUCAUGAGUUCCUCCGAAAAGUCCAGUCUCAGGCUACGGAGAUGAUUCCAUAUGAACAGUAUGGUCUUCAAAAUAUCUCCAAAUUAAAGGACAAUUUCAAGGAACUCUGCGACUUCUCGAGCUUGCUAGUCGUGCAGCCUUACCAGAAGAUGGCUGAAAUCGGUGGCGAGGUCAACACUCUAUUGACUCCUUAUGAGCUUGACGAGACUGAGGCUGAAUCUAGCCUGUCGGGAUACUUCAGCAUCCCGCUGGUUUUCCAAACAGUCUUGUACGAUGACAUGUUCAACCUCAACCUCACUUAUGACUCCAAUACCGUAACAGAGUUCCAGGCUGAGGGUCUUUUGAACCAAAUCCAGCACGUUAUCAAUGAUUUGCUCCAUGCAACAGAAAGACCUCUUUCGAAUGUGUCACUCACUGGACAGUGGGACGAAGAGAUUGCCCGCGCUUCAAACAUGGAAACUCCUCAGAUUAUCGAGUCAACACUCCACAACAUGAUUGAAAGACAGGCGACCAUGCGGCCUCGAGCUGUUGCUAUACGAGCUCACGACUUAAUUUUGACAUAUAAGGAGCUCAAUGACAGCGCUAAUAGGCUUGCUAGCUACCUAGUGUCCGAGAAUUUGAUCAAGCCUCGUGAUUUUGUCCACGCUUGCUUUGAGAAGUCGGCUUGGUAUUUUGUUUCUAUUCUUGCUAUUAACAAAGCCGGUGCCGCAUGGGUUCCUCUCGAUCCAUCACAUCCAAGGCAACGCCAUGAGCAGAUUGUUGGCCAAACUAGAGCCACGCUGGUCCUCGCUUCCGCUAGCAAUAUGGCCAUCUGCAAGGACCUGACUCAUUCUGUUCUCGAGGUCUCUCAAGCACUUGAUGACGACAUCAAGAGUAAAAACGUCCAAUCUUUGAAGACAAGUGUGUCACCCCGAGACGCUGCUUACGUUCUAUUCACCUCGGGCUCAACUGGCACACCGAAAGGUCUUGUUAUGGAGCAUGGUGCCGCUUGUACGAGCCAAGUAGCCAUAGUAAGGAGACUUGGUCUUGACUCAAGCGUUAGAAUACUUCAGUUUGCAGCAUUUGUCUUUGAUCUGUCUAUUGGUGAGAUCCUCGGGCCGCUUAUUAGCGGCGCUACACUCUGCGUGCCAUCAGAUGCCGACAGAAUGAACCGCUUGACUGACUAUAUUGGUGAAAACAACAUCAAUUGGGCAUACCUGACCCCUGCAUUCGUGCGUACCCUAAAGCCAGAAGAUCUACCCACAUUGGAGCUUCUUAUCCUAGCUGGCGAGGCAGUUGGACGUGACAUUUUUGAAACGUGGAUGAAUAAGUUACGUCUCAUUAAUGGCUGGGGUCCGGCGGAGACCUGUUGCUUCAGUACUUUACAUGAGUGGCAGAGCGAGACCGAGAGCCCUAUGACGAUCGGAACACCUGUGGGUGGCUUCUGCUGGCUCGUUGAUCCUAAUGAUCCUCAAAAACUUGCGCCUGCUGGUACAUUAGGCGAAGCUGUAAUCCAUGGACCGAAUCUGCUCCGUGAAUACUUGCAUGAUCCCGACAGGACAUCUGCUGCUGUCCUAACCGAGUUACCAGACUGGGCUCCAAACAAAGACCAAGCCUCCUGGAACCGCUUUUAUCUAACUGGCGAUCUGUGUUUUUAUAAUUCAGACGGCAUUCUUGAGUUCUUCUCCCGUAAGGAUACUCAGAUCAAAAUCAGAGGUCUACGAGUGGAGGUUGAAGAAGUUGAACACCGCAUACGCCAACUUAUGCCCAGUUUACACCAAGUUGCCGUGGACGUAUUCCAUGGAUCUGGGGGUGCUAACUUAUUCGCUUACUUCUGUCUUGAGAACUCGACCAGGAUUGGCAAGAUGUCGGAUGAUUGGGAUGACUUAUUUGUCCCUAUGAGCGACACUCUUCAAGUAGAGAUCGCAUCAUUGGCAAGCCAAUUACGAACUGUUCUGCCCUCCUAUAUGGUUCCAACGACAUUUAUCCCAUGUGCAUACAUGCCCUUCAUCACGUCUUCAAAGUUGGAUCGCAAGACAUUGCGACUUAAGGCAUCUGAUCUUACUCAGGAAAGUCUUGCACAAUAUUCUUUGCAAAAUUCAAGGAAGCGUGAGCCGGAGACAGAAAUGGAAGUGGCUCUUCGGGAGAUCUGGGCAGAGGUUCUAAAAAUCGCUGCCAGUUCUAUUGGCCGUGAUGAUAGUUUCCUUGCUAUUGGCGGAGAUUCGAUUGCUGCUAUUAACCUCAUGACUACUGCUAGGGACCGUGGUAUCUCCAUCACUGCCGAUGAUGUAUUCCGCUCUCCCCGAUUGAUAGAUCUUGCUGUUCGGGCUGCAACCGCUCCUGUGCUACUGAAGUCACCAAGUGCAGAAAUCCGUCCAUUCGAACUACUUACAGAUCUAGAGAGAGAUCUCGUCCAAGGCGGAGAAAUACAUAAGCAAUGUGGUUUACCCACAGGAGCAACAAUUGAAGAUGCCUUCCCUUGUUCACCUCUUCAAGAGGGUUUAAUAGCUUUAGCUGUCAAGCAGACUGGUUCCUACAUUACGAAGUAUGUCUUCCAAAUUUCGAAGCAUAUCGAUCUCUCAAAACUGAAAGCAUCGUGGGAACAUACAGUCAAGACGAAUGGUAAUUUGAGAACAAGGAUUGUCCCAUCAAAGGAUCGGUCGAUCCAGGUAACAGUCAAGGACGAUAUUCACUGGGAGGCCAAUCCAGGGUCUGAUUUGGGAGCCUUUAUCAAGGUCACGCAGCAAUACGAAAUGGUCUUCGGAUCCCGACUUAACCGAUAUUCGAUCUUGACAGAUAGGCAAGGAGAUUCGUACUUUGUUUGGAUCGCCCAUCACUCCAUUAUGGAUGGAUGGUCACUCCAACUUACAUUCAGGACAUUGUACGAACAUUAUUGGGAAGGUACCUCUAGUCCCCUCCCAUCUUAUGCUGGUUUCAUCAAGCACACAUUGGAUCUCGAUGGCGAUGCCGCUGCUGCGUUCUGGUCGAACCAGCUAGAAGGGGCUUCUCGUUCUACCUUCCCCUCAUCCACUACUGACAGCACACUUAAGCCAACAUUCAAGUUCAAGCAUCACCAGAUUGCCACUCCAGAGACAAGCAACGGGUCUGCUACAAUCGCAACUGUUCUCAGAGUCGCAUGGUCUAUUGUGAUGGCCCGUCAUGCCAACACUAAUGACGUUUGCUUCGGUGCUACUCUCUCGGGCCGCAAUGCAGCCCUUGAGGGACUCCAGAACAUGCCAGGUCCUGCUAUUGCAACGAUUCCUGUACGUAUCAAACUGGACUAUAGCACGCCGGUGAAGAAAUUCUUGGAUGACGUUCAGAUGCAAGCCACCGACAUGACGGCUUAUGAACAGUUUGGCCUCCAAAAGAUCGCUAGAGUUAGUUCAGAUGCUCGAGAUGCUUGUCAAUUUACGACGCUCAUGGUGAUUCGCCCGAAGCCGUUCCUUGAAGGAGGAACUGACCACACGAUUUUGGAGAUCGGCGAAGCCACAAAGAUUACCGAAGAGGAAAUGGUCAAUUACUUCAACUAUCCAUUAGUCUUGGAGGCAGAUCUCAUGAAGGGUCACAUCAAAGUGCGACUUUGUUACGAUAUUCGUGUUUUGGCGACCGAGCUAGUUGAUGCUAUUGGUGAGCAAUUGGAGCUUGUUGUACAACAAUUGUUCGAAAAGCCAUCAGCUCCCAUUGGGGAAAUCAAUCUCGUUGGGGAAUCUGACAUGAAGCAUGCCCUAAGUCAUCAAAAUAUGAAGCCAUCAACAAACCGGCUAAUCCAUGACAUGAUUCGUGAGCAAAUUGCGAAUACUCCUAACCUCCCCGCUAUUACAUCCUGGGACGGAGGUAUGAAGUACCAGGAGCUCGGUUACUAUGCAGAGCGUCUUGCCAGUCACUUGAAGACGCUUGGCGUCGGUCCAGAAGUGUUCAUACCAAUUUGCUUUCCCAAGUCCAUGUGGGCUGUUGUCUCAAUGAUUGCUAUCAACAUGGCAGGAGGAGCAUUUGUACCGCUUGAUUUCAAUUCACCAGCUGCACGAUUGAAGACAAUUCUAGCGGAUACGGAUUCGAAGAUCGUUCUCGCAUCGCCCCCGUGUGAGGAGCUAGCGAAUGCCUUAGAGGUUGAUGUCAUUCUUGUUGAUGAAGCAUUCAUUCGAGAUCUCCCGGAACCCGAUGAACUACCCGUGAAAUCUUCCGCGACAUACCAAAACGCUAGCUUUGUUAUGUUCACUUCGGGCUCGACGGGCAAGCCGAAGGGCAUGGUCUUUGAACAUCGGAAUACGUGCUCAACGUCGAACAGCCAUGGAGCAAUCCAGGGCUGGGGUCCAGGAACAAGGGUGUUUACUUACUCGGCUUACACCUUUGACAUUGGCGUUAUCGAUGUUAUGGUCUCGUUGUCCCGUGGUGCCUGCCUCUGCAUCCCCUCUGAAUGGCAGCGUUAUAACGAUAUCCAUGGUGCAAUCAAUAAGAUGCAGGCCAACUGGACCUUCUUUACGCCCACGCUCGCGAGACUUGUUAGUCCUGCACGCAUUCCUACGAUUCAAAACGUAGGGUUAGGCGGGGAGAAUGUGACAAAGCAAGUGGUAGAUAACUGGAAAGGUCAUGCAACCCUUCAUAAUUUGUACGGUCCUGCGGAAGCUUCCAUCUGUGGUUGGAUUGCCGACGUAGGUCUGAUAUCCAAGCCAAGCAACAUUGGAAUUCCAUCCUCGUGCGCCUGGUGGAUCGUCAACCCCGAAAACCCUCGGCAACUCGUCCCUAUUGGGGGUGUUGGAGAAUUGAUGAUCCAAGGUCCUAUGAUGGCUCGCGGAUAUAUUGGCGCUGAUGAAAAAGCCAUGAAGGCAUGGCUGCACGACGUUGAUUGGCUUCCUGGAGACAUGCCUAAGAAGGCAUAUCUUACAGGAGAUCUAGUACGCCGUCUUGCUGAUGGGACUUUCGAAUACUUAGGCCGGAAAGACGACCAAGUGAAGCACUACGGUCAGCGAGUUGAGCUAGGAGAGAUCGAGUCUCACAUUGAGGAUGCCCUCCCCAGCAACAUGAAUGCCAUCACCGACUUCAUCCGUGAAGAGACGGGGUCAAAUACUCUUACGGCUCUAGUUUGGUACAACUCCGGGCCUUCUGCCGAUCUCCCGUCGCUUCAACUCGCCGAGAUCGUUACGGAUGAGAUGAGAGACACUAUGGCGAAGCUCCAAACUCACUUGAGUCGUGCCCUCCCGAGCUACAUGUCGCCCAAUCUUUACUUGUUCUUCACUGGAACUCCCGAUAAAAUGGCCUCUGGUAAGAUUGAUCGAAAGAAGCUUCGUGCUUUGGCACGAUCCGCGACAACCAAAGACAAGCUUCGAUUUGCCAACGAUGAAAAGGCGUUUGAGGAACCAGUAACCGAAAUGGAAUUCAAGAUCCGUGACCUCUGGGCUCAGAUUCUUUCAAUCAACGCUGCCGAUAUUGGCAGGCACGAUAGUUUCCUUCGAGUUGGCGGUGACUCUGUUAGCGCGAUCAAAUUGGUUUCCGCUGCAAGCGAAAUUGGAAUUGCUCUCACCGUUGAGAUGAUCUUCAAAGACCCGCGACUUUCGGCGAUUGCCGGUGGAAGUUCAGAUGUGGACAAGGAAAUGUACGACACAAAGCCAUUCGAACUUCUUGCGCCGCUGGAUGUGGAGAACAUUGUGUCAAGCAUCCAAGAGCAGUGCAAGCUCUCAGACCGGAACGUUAUAGAGGACGUGUUCCCCUAUCUCACUCUGUUCAAAUUGGCUUGCGAGGCAACUGUGGAACUGUGUGGUAAUCUGAGGACGAAGAUCGUACAAGUGGAUGGCAACUCUUACCAGGCUGUCUUGAACGAGCCCCUUAUGUGGCACAACAAGGAUGAUCUUCCGCUGAACGAGUACUUGGACUUGGCACGUAGUAUGAAGAUGGAGUAUGGAAACCCCCUCAGUUACUUUGCUAUCGUGGAGGAAGAUGACAAUAACCGCUUCUUUGUUUGGACCGGUCACCAUGCCAUAUACGAUGGCUGGUGCAUUCAGAUUGUCCUCCGUACGCUUUCUGAGGUCUAUCACGGACUCGCUGUCUCUAAACCAUUGCCAUUCAGUCAUUUCGUCAAGUUUGUCAAUGAAAUCGACAAUGAAGGUGCAAGCGAGUAUUGGCGACAUCAACUCCAGGAUGCCCAGCCCGCAUCAUUCCCGCCGCGAGGUCACAACAACACCAAUGGGAGCCGGUACUAUAGCACGACUGUACCUUGUCCUCCAUCCAACGAUAGUUCGAUCACCAAGGCUACACUAAUCAGGGCGGCCUGGGCUAUUGUGAUUGCUCGACACUCAAACACUGACGAUAUUUGUUUUGGUGCAACUGUCUCAGGCCGUCAGGCUCCCGUUCCAGGGAUCGAAAGUUUGUCUGGGCCUACAAUUGCCACUGUGCCAGUUCGCAUCCAGCUAGACAAGGACAUGAACACGAACUCCUAUCUCCACUCAGUUCAGUCUCAAGCUAUCGAUAUGACCCGCUACGAGCAGUAUGGGUUACAAAAUAUCUCUAAGCUCGACGCGGAGAUGAAGGACCUUUGUGACUUUUCAAGUUUAUUUGUUAUUCAGCCAGCUCGGCAGUACGUCGAUUCAGAUGACGACUCACUAUUCCUACCUUUGCAAGAGACCAAAAUCACCAUUGAGGAGUCUCUUGAUGGAUUCUCGGACUACCCUCUUAUAUGCCAAGUGAUGCUUGGAGACAAUUCUGUGGGCCUUGAGUACAGCUACAAGACAGGGUUGGUACACGAGGCUCAGCUCGUCGCUAUUUCACACCAGCUCAGCCAUGUGAUUGAGCAACUUGCUAGCCAAACAGGAACUAUCCUUUCUGAUAUCUCAGUAACGGGGCAAUGGGAUCUCCUCCAAGCCCAGUCUUGGAACAAAGCCCCUCUCGCAUCCGACCUUUGCGCUCAUGAAUUGAUUUCUCAGCAUGCUAAGACUCGCCCUAAUGCAGAGGCAAUAUACUCUUCGGAAAUAUCACUUUCGUUUUCGGAGCUUGAUAAUUUGUCCACGAGACUGGCCACUCGUCUCUCGUCUCUCGGCGUGGGACCAGAUACAGCCGUGCCAUUCUGUUAUGAAAAGUCUCCUUGGGUUGUUGUCGCAAUGGUGGCCAUUAUGAAGGCCGGGGGCUACUUCAUCCCUCUAGAUCCACAGCAGCCAGUAGAUAGGCUGAAGGAGUUGGUCAAUGAUGUCGGUGCUAAACACAUCAUUGUGUCCCCCGAAACGAUCAACGUGUGUCGUGGGUUGGCUCACACUCUCAUCGAGCUAUCUCAGCAGACAAUUCUCCAGCUUCCCGAGACCCAAAGUAGCUCGUUAGAAGCGGUGACUGUUUCCCCAAGAAAUGUGGCCUAUCUCUUAUUCACUUCUGGCUCAACUGGAAAGCCUAAAGGUCUUAUGGUGGAGCAUGCCGCGCUCAGCGCUGCGGCUGUUCAUGGUCAUGGAAAGGAAUAUGGAUACGAUCAUUCGACUCGCAUGCUGCAGUUCUCACAUUACGUCUUUGACGCCAGCAUAACGGAGAUCAUCUGCCUUCUGAUACGAGGAGGCACGGUCUGUGUUCCUAACGAGCUCGAGCGGCUUCAGGGGACGGUAGAGUUCAUGAACAAGGCUCGGGUCAACAUGACACUACUCACCCCGUCGUUUGCGAAGACAUUGAGUCCCACUAGCUUGCCGAACCUGAAGAGGCUGAUUCUUGGUGGUGAACCGGUUACAAGAGACGUCAUUGAUAAGUGGUUUGACCACGUGGAUGUGCUCAAUGCUUAUGGGCCUGCGGAAACUUGCGUCUGCUCCAAUGUCUACCACUUCCAAUCUAAAAAUGACGUUCCCGGGAUAAUUGGGUUCGGUGCUAACACUACUUGCUGGAUUGUUGAUCCCGCCAAUCAUCAACAGCUCUCGCCCAUCGGCUGUGUUGGUGAACUGUUACUCCAAGGCUUUGUCGCUCGUGGAUACAUCAAUAAUGAAACGCAGACCAGCAAAGUGUUCUUCGACACAGUCCCAUGGCUUGGUCCAUCUAAACCAUCAGAUGGCACCAGGUUUUACCUGACCGGAGAUUUGGUUCGAUAUCAACCCGAUGGAACGCUGGAAAUUCUUGGCCGCAAGGACACGCAACUCAAACUCCGAGGUCAAAGGAUUGAACCGGGGGAGAUUGAAUACGCGAUUAAGAAACUCCGCCCAGAGCUCGAUCACAUCGCUGUUGAUAUUGUAAAAACGGAUCUGGGCGACUCUCUCGUUGCUUUCUUCCCCCAACCUAGCUUGGAAUUUGACAGUACUGGGUUCUUCGGCACGCUCAAUACCGAGGAGCAGACAAGUAUCCAACAACUGUCUUCCGAUUUGAGUUCAACUCUCCCAAGGUACAUGGUGCCUUCGCACUUUUUGCCAGUGAGGACGAUGCCAUUUAUCAACGCCAUGAAACUUGAUAGGAAGAAACUUCGACAGAUGGCAACUGCUCUCACGUCGCAAGAGCUAUCAUCUUUCAUGUUACAGCAAACAAAAGCGGCGCCAACAACUGAACUAGAGUUCAAACUACGCGACAUCUGGGCCAGAGUACUCAACAUACCAGCUGAGCGCAUUGGUAAGAGUGACAGCUUCUUGCAGAUAGGCGGUGAUUCCAUUUCCGCUAUUCACCUAGUGUCACAAGCACAGACCGAAGGUAUUGGGCUGAGUGUGCUGGACAUAUUCAAGGACUCCCGUCUUGAAAGCAUGGCUAGCUACUGCUCGACACUUGAGUCUGUUACGACAGACGGCAACAUUAGUGCUUUCAGCCUGCUCCCAGGUGAGCUUGCUGAUAUUGAGAAGACCACAGCAGCUGUUCGCAGGGCGUGCGCCUUGGAAGGAGAACAGACAGUGGAGGAUGCAUACCCCUGUACACCUCUUCAGGAGGGUCUCAUCGCCCUUUCUGUCAAGCAACCAGGUUCUUAUAUUGCGAAGAAUGCUUUUAAUCUAUCUUCCGAUGUCAACAUUGAACAGUUCAAGAGUUCUUGGGAGCGAGUUGUCAGUCUCUGUGCCAAUCUACGAACCAGGAUCGUAGAAUCGAACGGGAAACAUAUUCAGGCAAUUGUUCAGAACGAUGUCGAAUGGGAUACUUUCCACCCCUCUGAUCUCUCUAAGGCAUUGGAGUUGUCAACGCAGGUCAGCAUGGGUUACGGAUCCCGGCUGACUCGGUAUAGCAUUGGUAAGAAUCCGGACAACAACCAGUACUAUUUCAUUUGGCUCUGCCAUCAUGCUGUUUUUGAUGGUUGGACAAUGCGUGUUGUGAUGGAUUUACUGUAUCGGUCUUACUACGACCAAGAACUUCCGUCUAUUCGUCCGUACGCUCAUUUCAUAUCGUAUGUCAUGGAUAUGGACCUGUCAGCAACUCAAGAGUACUGGAAGAAGUCACUUCUCGGCGCGCAAAAGACAGCAUUUCCGCCCAACAAGUCCUCCCAGAAGCCAGGCCCCUCUCGCAGCUUUACUCACUCGAUCCAGUUCCCUAAGUCAACUGCCACGUCAAUAACCAAAGCCACAGUGCUACGAGCUGCCUGGGCUAUUGUACUCUCUCGUUAUUGCGAGACUAAUGAUGUCACAUUUGCAGCUACGGUUUCAGGUCGAAAUGCUCCCGUGGUAGGCCUCGAAUCAACGCCUGGUACAGUCAUCUCGACAAUCCCAGUCCGUGUUCGAUUAGAUGAGGAUCAGACGGUCAAAGCGUUCCUGCAGUCUGUCCAGUCACAAGCUUCUGAUAUGAUUCCAUACGAACAAUUUGGUCUGCAGAAUAUCUCCAAAUUGGGACCCGAUGCCAAGGAAGCUUGCGAUUUCUCAAGUCUAAUGGUUGUCCAACCUGUCCAACAAAUGGGCCUCGCCGGAACAGUUAACGACCAGCUCCUGCUACCGGCAGUCACUACGAUUGAAGGCAACGAAAAGUCUUUGCAAGGAUACUUCAGCUACCCAUUGGUGAUCCAAGGUGCGCUGUCAGACCUCGGGGCUGAACUUUUCUUGACGUACGACUCCGGUCUUCUGCAGGAGCGUCAGGUUCUUGGGCUUUCAGAGCAACUUGCACAAGUUGUACAACAACUAGCCACUCUUGGUGACGUCAAACUUGGCAAUCUUUCAAUGACAUCGUCUUGGGACGUCCAAGAGGCAAAACGGUUCAAUUUGAACAGGACUCCUCGGGUCAUUGACAACUGUAUCCAUAAGGUCAUUGAAGCGCAAGCGAUUGAUCAACCUCAAGCUCCGGCAAUUUAUGCUUGGGAUUAUCAAUUAACGUAUGCUGAGCUCAACGGGUAUGCAAACCAGUUAGCCCAUCAUUUGAUUCAAAUGUUUGGAAUCAAAUCUGGAGACGUUGUUCAUGUCUGCUUCGACAAAUCAGCAUGGCAUUAUGUGUCUAUCUUAGCUAUCAACAAGGCCGGUGCCGUGUGGUCGCCUCUGGAUCCCGCUCACCCAACACAACGCAAGCAAUAUCUCGUCGGUAGAACAGGGUCCGGCCUAAUUUUGGCAUCAGAGCAUCUUCAGGCCAGCUGUGCAGAUCUAGUGCCGAAUGUACUUGCUAUCACGGCAGAUUUUGUGCUUCAACUUCCACAUGAUGCAACCGUAGGCCCGAGCAUCGAGACCUCUCCUGACGAUACUGCCUAUAUUCUCUUUACUUCCGGCAGUACAGGUGUACCUAAAGGCUUCGUUAUGUCACAUCGCGCACUUUGUACCAGUCAAGCUGCGUUGUCCGGAAGACUUGGUUUAAACCAGAGAAUCAGAAUGCUGCAAUUUGCGUCUUACGUCUUUGAUUUCUCAAUUGGUGAGAUCUUCCAUUGCCUAGGAUCUGGAGGCUGCCUCUGUGUUCCUUCAGAAGAUGACCGAUUGAACGAUAUAAGCCGGUUCAUUCGCGAAGCCAACAUCAACUGCGCCUACUUAACGCCGUCAUUCGCGCGAACAAUUAACCCCGAGCAGGUUCCCUCGCUCGAAAUGCUCGUUUUUGGCGGAGAGGCCGUCACCAGGGACGUAUUUGACCAAUGGUUUGGCAAGGUCCGAUUGCUGAAUGCUUAUGGCCCCGGCGAGGCAAGCACUAUUUCAACCAUUUAUGAGUACCAAUCUAGUGAAGACUCUGCCGGUAAUAUCGGAACACCAAUUGGAUGCAUGUGCUGGAUUGUUGACCCUCAAGACUCUUCUCGACUUGCGCCUGUGGGUACCGCUGGAGAGCUCAUUAUCCAAGGGCCUGGGCUUCUUUCCCACUACCUUGGAGAUCCAGAGCGAACGCGAGAUUCAGUAAUUGAACAAGUCCACGAGUGGGCUCAUGACAGGCACACGCCAUAUAUGGGAAGAGCCUUCAGAUCCGGUGACCUGUGCUUCUAUCGACCGGACGGGAAUCUUGAAUUCGCCAGUCGAAAGGAUACUCAAGUCAAGAUCAGAGGUCUCCGUGUCGAACUCGGCGAAAUUGAACAUCACAUCCUCUCGCUUUUGGAGGGAGUGUCUCAAGUGGUUGCGGAUGUCGUUCGAUCUGGAGACUCUUCCAAUGUUGUAGCCUACUUUUCGUUCUCCGACUCAAAUAAGGGUGAAUCGAUGGAUCUAUUCUCCGAAAUCACACCAGAGCUUUCCUCCAAAUUGACGAAGCUCGUGGGUGAACUGAAACUCGUUCUUCCUAGUUAUGAGGUUCCUUCCAUUUUCAUUCCUUGUAACUACAUUCCGGUCAAUACAUCCUCGAAACUUGAUCGUAAGGUGCUAAAGGAACGCACUGAUUUACUGGAUCGAGAGAAGCUGCAUCACUAUUCUCUUGUUAGUUCUUCUAAACGACCAACUGAAACCGAAAUGGAAGCUCGCCUCCAAGCUGUCUGGGCCUCCGUUCUUGGGUUAUCAAGGGAGACUAUCGGUCGUGAUGAUAGUUUCCUGCAGAUAGGUGGUGAUUCCAUUUCCGCAAUUCAUGCUGUUGCAGCUGCUAGAGAGGUCGGGAUAGAGACAGCGGUAAACCACAUCUUCAAGGAUCCGCGACUCUUCAUGGUUGCUUCUCUUGCCACCGAUAUUAAUGUUGAGGACGAGAAUGACAAUCAUAGCAGUUUCCAACCCUUCAGCCUGGUACCCACGCAGCUUCAUACAGUGGAAUGGGCAAAGGAAGCUCGAAAUCUUUGCCGCCUUCAGCCUGACGAGGUGAUUGAAGACGCGAUGCCAGUAACCGCGUUCCAGGAAGGUCUAAUGGCCCUCGCUGUCAAGCAGCCUGGCUCGUACAUCGGUCAAUGGGUAUACAAGAUACCUGAUAACGUUGAUAUCCCUCGUUUCAGGGCUGCUUGGGAACGAACCGUCAGCAUCUGCAGCAACUUGAGGAUAAGGAUUAUCAGUGUCUCACAAACGAUUCUGCAAGUUAUUAUCAAGGAUGACUUUACCUGGGAACAGACUGAUGGGCUGGUGCUCUCCGAGUACAUUGAGAAGCUAAGCAAUAUGGAAAUGACUCUUGGCACACGACUCAAUCGCUGGGCUUUGAUCGAGGAACCAUCAGGAAACAACUACUUUGUACUUGCUGCUCACCAUUCCACCUAUGAUGGAUGGACGAUGCGGUUGCUGCUUCGAACAGUUGUCGAGGCAUAUACCCAAGCUGAUAUUGCUGGUCCAAUUUCAUUUGACAGGUUCGUCAAGUAUACACAAUCCUUAGAUCAAGAUGCCGGCAAACGCUAUUGGCUUGACCAACUCAAAGAUGCCAGCCGGGCCACGUUCCCCAAAUUCAGUCAGAACAAGUCUGAAGACAGUGAAGCCCAAGUCAUCAACAAAUCUAUUGCUCUACCGCCCUCGUCCCAUACAUCAAUCACGAAGGCCACAAUCAUGAGAGCAGCUUGGUCGCUUAUCCUCGCUCAAUACUGCGAUACGCAUGAUGUGUGCUUUGGCACAUCGGUUUCUGGCCGUCAAGCUCCAGUCUCUGGCAUUACUGAAAUAGCCGGGCCGGUCGUGGCCACAGUCCCGGUGCGUGUACGAAUCGACCGGCAGAUGUCCGUUUCAGACUUCCUACAUGCUGUUCAGUUACAAGCAACGGAUAUGAUAGUUCACGAGCAGUUCGGCCUUAAAAAUAUCUUGAAGCUCGACGACACAAUUCGUGAUGCAUGUGCCUUCUCUAGUCUACUUGUUAUCCAGCCGUAUGAAAAGAUGGCCGAGAUGGGCAGCGAAUCCGGUGCAAUUUUAGUCCCGUAUUCUCAAGAUGGGGAGUCGCAAUCUAUGGAUGGUUAUUUCAGCUUCCCUCUAGUGGUUCAAACACUAAUCUCGGAUCAACAAAUUCAACUCAACUUGACCUAUGAGUCAGCCUCAUUAAGCGAAAGGACCAUGACUGGGUUAGCCAACCAACUCGAGCAUAUCAUCAAGAGCUUGGCCGCCGAAACAACCAAGUCUCUUCAGGAUCUGUCGAUGGCCAGUCCAUGGGAUCAUCAACAGGUGACAGAUUAUAAUCAUGAAAUUGCUGAAGUCGUUAACUCGACUUUCCACGAACUAGUAACGGAGAAAGCUCGAAUACAACCCAACUCCAUCGCAAUUCAGACUGCUGAAGUUGCCUUAAGUUACCAAGAGCUAGAUGACUUGUCUGACAAACUUGCAGCCCAUUUAACAACUACUCAUGCAGUUUCAAGAGGCGAUUUUGUUCACGUCUGCUUUGAGAAGUCCGCUUGGCACUUUGUAUCAUUGCUAGCAAUCAACAAAGCCGGCGCGGCUUGGGUUCCUCUAGAUCCUUCUCAUCCGCUCGAACGACAGAAGCAGGUAGUCUCUCAGACGAAGGCAAAGCUGAUUCUCACUUCAGCGCUCAAUGAGGAUCUCGGUGCCAGCCUCGUGAGAGAGGUUCUCGUAGUUACACCUCAAUCCCUCAACAGCCUUACUGCCUCCGACAACUUCCAGGCAGUCUCAUCCCCCGGUGACGCCUGCUACGCUCUGUUCACAUCUGGUAGCACCGGAACACCAAAGGGUUUCGUCAUGGAGCACCGGGCAGUCUGCACAAGUCAAAGAGCCAUUGGCAACAGGCUUGGUCUCACCCCCGAAGUAAAUAUGCUGCAAUUCGCCGCAUUUGUCUUCGAUCUGUCAAUUGGUGAGAUUAUCGGUCCUCUUAUCACUGGAGCUACCAUUUGUAUCCCCUCGGAUGAGGUCCGCAUGAGUACUCAGAGUUUGGUUGACUUCAUCUCCGAGCAUCGGGUCAACUGGUCAUACUUGACCCCGUCAUUCGCCCGAACCAUUAAGCCCGAGUCAGUCCCUUCGCUUGAUCUUCUACUCUUCGCUGGUGAGGCUGUUCCUCGAGAUGUCUUUGGGACCUGGGUCACAAAGGUGCGUCUUAUCAAUGGAUGGGGUCCGGCAGAGACGUGCUGCUUCAGCACCUUGCAUGAAUGGACCUCGGCAGACGAGUCGCCACUCACCCUCGGACGACCUGUUGGUGGUCUCUGUUGGGUAGUUCAAGCAGAUGAUCACCAGAAGCUCGCUCCGAUAGGCACACUCGGUGAGGUUGUUAUACAAGGUCCAACUUUACUUCGAGAGUAUCUGGCAGACCCAAAGAAAACGUCGGAAACUACCUUCACUGAUGUCCCUGGGUGGGCAUACUCGGGAGAUGAGCAUUGGGGACGUUUCUAUAAGUCAGGCGAUCUUUGCUUUUACAAUUCCGAUGGUCUCCUAGAGUUCGCAACACGAAAGGAUACUCAGGUCAAAAUUCGAGGCUUGCGGGUUGAGCUAGGCACCAGUUUGGUCUCUUACAUCUGCUUCAAUAGCCAGAGCAGAAUCUCGCAACAGUCCAAUGACUAUCGCGAUCUAUUUGCGUCAAUUGAUAACAACCUCCACCACGAAUUGUCCGCAAUGGUGAGCAGGCUGCAGAUUGUCCUCCCUCGAUAUAUGAUCCCUACUUUCUUCGUCCCAUGCAACUACAUGCCAUUCAUCACAUCUUCGAAGCUAGACAGGAAGACGCUUCGUGCCGAGGUCGGAAAGUUGGAUCAGGCCCAAAUACACGAAUAUGCCCUCCAAUCAGGAGAGAAGGAGGCACCGCAAACAGCAAUGGAAGUCCAGAUGCAAAACCUGUGGUCGACAGUAUUGAAUCUCCCAACCGAGUCUAUUGGCCGCGGUGACAGCUUCCUCGCCCUGGGAGGUGACUCCAUUACCGCGAUCAACCUCAUGACUGCUGCUAGGGAACAAGGUAUCGAAAUCAGCGUCAAUGACAUCUUCCGCGAUCCCCGGCUUUUAAGUGUUUCGCUUGUGGCCAAGAGCUCGGCUGAGCCGCUUGAGAAGUCAACCGACAUUCAGCCCUUCGAUCUUCUGUCCCCCGAAGAACAAAGUAUGGUGCAUAGCGGCACUCUUCAAGCGCAAUGUGGCCUGUCUGAGUCAACCGUAAUUGAAGAUGCUUUCCCAUGUUCUGCCCUCCAAGAGGGACUUAUUGCUCUCUCGGUUAAGCAAACGGGGUCAUACAUUACCAAGUAUGUGCUCAAGAUUCCGGAACAUGUGGACCUCACUCAAUUCAGAGUUGCAUGGGAUCAAACCGUGCAGCUUUGCACGAACUUGAGGACUCGCAUCGUUACUUCGAACAAUCGCUCCCUUCAGGUGAUUUUCAAGGGUGAGGUUGCGUGGGAGCCCACAGAGGGACUUGGAGUGAACGAUUUCUUCAAGUUAACACAGAGUUACGAAAUGACCUUCGGCUCUCAACUCAGUCGCCAUGCAAUGAUUAAGGAAAAUGGCCAGACCUACCUGGUAUGGAUCACACAUCAUUCGAUAGUCGACGGAUGGUGCUUGCAGUUAAUCUUCCGCACUCUUCAUGAAUGCUACUGGGGACAGCCUCCCAACAGUCUCGCUCCAUAUGCGGGCUUCAUCAAGCAUGUCCGUAACCUAGAUGUUGAGCAGGCUUCCUCCUUUUGGGCGAGUCAACUAAAGGGAGCCUCACGCCCUUCAUUCCCGGCCAAGUCGACUAGCGAUGAGCCCAAUUUCAAGUUUUUAGAUCACAACAUCAGCACCCCUUCGAUGGUGGGAAGCUCAGUUACGAAAGCUACUGUCCUUAGAGCUGGUUGGUCUGUUGUUCUCUCACAGCACUGCAACAUUGACGAUAUCUGCUUUGGCGCCACACUGUCUGGCCGCAAUGCGGCUGUGGAUGGGUUGCAGAAUAUGCCGGGUCCUGCUAUUGCAACUAUUCCUAUCCGCAUCAAGAUUGAUCACGAUGCUUCUCUGUCAAGCUUCCUGCAAGACGUCCAAGCCCAGUCCACGGAAAUGACAUCAUGGGAGCAGUUUGGUCUACAAAACAUCGCCAGGGUCAGCAAGGAUGCAAGAGAUGCGUGCGAGUUUACCACUUUGAUGGUGAUCCAACCCAAGCAGCAUCUUGAUACUGAAAGCAAGGGUGUGAUCAUUGAUGGAAACGAGGGAGUGAAGACAACUGAACAGGAAAUGGUCAACUAUUUCAACUACCCUCUUGUUCUCGUUUCCAGCCUUUACAAAGAUCACAUUCAUGUCAGCUUUGCUUACGACACGAAUGUUCUAUCACCAAAACUCGUCGAAGCUGUGGCUCAUCAGCUUGAUCACGUCAUGCAGCAGCUGUUUUCGAAGAGUACGCAGCUCGAGCCAAUGAGCCAGCUGUCGCUUGUUGGGCCCUGGGACUUGGAGCAUGCUCAACGCCACCAGAACAUGAAACCAUCCACCGAUUGCUGCAUCCACGAGAUGAUCCGUGAGCAGAUCAAAAAGACUGCGGAUUUACCGGCCUUGACAUCAUGGGACGGCGACAUGACUUAUGCAGAGCUUGGCCAGCACUGUGAACGCCUAGCAAAUUAUCUGCUGUCCCUUGGUAUCGGGCCUGAAGUCUUUGUCCCCAUCUGUUUCAACAAAUCAAUCUGGGCUGUUGUUUCAAUGAUCGCUGUUAAUAUGGCUGGAGGAGCCUUCGUCCCACUGGACCCUUCUUCACCUGUCGCGCGUUUAAAGGGUAUCUUGAGCGACACCAACUCCACCAUGGUGCUUGCUUCACCAGAGUGCUUCGAUACUGCGAAAGCCCUUGAUAUUCCAGUACAUACCAUCGACCAUGAGGCAAUCAUGAAGCUUCCCGAGCCAAUCUCGCCUAUCCAGUCAUCCGUAAACUUCACCAAUGCCAGCUUUGUCAUGUUUACAUCAGGUUCUACCGGAAAGCCUAAGGGGAUGAUCUUCGAGCACAGAAACAUUGCGUCAACUUCCAAUAGUCACGGUGUGAUACAGAAAUGGGGCCCUGGAACACGGGUCUUCACAUACUCGGCGUAUACAUUUGAUAUCGGUGUCAUUGACGUGAUGGUCUCACUUUCACGAGGAGCCUGUCUCUGCAUUCCGUCCGAGUGGCAACGCUACAAUGACAUACACGGAGCUAUUAACUCCAUGAAAGCUAAUUGGUCCUUCUUCACGCCAACAUUAGCAGGCCUUGUCAAGCCGUCUGAAAUCCCAACGAUUAAGAAUGUAGGUCUAGGUGGUGAGAACGUCACCAAACAGGUUGUGGAUAACUGGCGUGGCCACGCCACAUUACACAAUCUCUAUGGGCCAGCUGAAGCAUCGAUUUGCGGCUGGAUUGCCGACGUUGGUAUUGUUUCAAGACCUAGUAACAUCGGUGUCCCUUCAUCAUGUUCUUGGUGGGUCGUGAACCCUGAGGAUCAUACUCAACUGGUCCCCGUUGGUUGCAUCGGCGAGUUGAUGAUCCAGGGACCAAUGCUUGCUCGAGGAUAUAUCGGUGACGCCAACAGCAGCGUGUGGCUACACGAUGUUGACUGGGUACCUGGCAAUGCGUCCAAGAAAGCAUAUGUAACUGGUGAUCUUGUCCGUAGGUUAGAAGACGGCACCUUUGAGUAUCUUGGUCGAAAGGAUACACAGAUCAAACUUCACGGUCAACGUGUGGAGCUUGGAGAGAUCGAAUCCCGCCUCGAAGUUGUUCUACCACAAAAUAUGGCGUGUGUUGUGGAUACAAUCAUCAACGAAGAAGCGCAAACGAACACUUUGGUAGCCCUCCUUUGGUACACCAGGGGUGAAACUUCUGAGGCUCCUCAACUUGAGCUCGUCGAUGACGUAUCUGACGAAAUGCGUGCUCUCAUCUCUGAGAUAGACUCUUCAUUGAGCCUAUCACUGACCACGUACAUGGUGCCAAGCAUGUAUCUAAUCUUCCAAGGAAUGCCCGAACGGAAGAGCUCCGGUAAGAUCGACAGGCGGAAGCUACGCGCCUUGGCCCACGAUGCCCCAGCCAAAGAAAAGCUCAAGUUUGCUCCUGGGGGCGGAGAAGCUGGUGCCCACGAGCCCGCAACCAAUCGUGAGUACCAGCUCAGGGACUUGUGGGCUCAAGUCUUGAACAUCGACGCCAGUGACAUUGGACGCCAUGACAGCUUCCUCCGGGCAGGGGGUGAUUCAAUCAGCGCCAUAAGACUGGUCACUCUUGCACGCGAGAAGGGCCUCAGUCUAGAUGUAGGAAGCAUCUUCAAGGACCCCCGAUUGUCACCAAUGGCCGCUGCUUGCGGCGUUAUUGUUGAUGCCGCGCCACCUCCCCAAUGUGAGCCGUUUAGCCUCAUUCCUGCUGACCGCAGAAUCGAUAUCAUGUCCGAAGCUGUCGUGCAAUGCGGCAUACAGAACCAGACUCAGAUCGAGGACAUAUUCCCUUGCACCCAACUUCAGGAUGGGCUUUUGGCACUCACGGUCAAGCAGCCAGGUUCUUAUAUUGCUAGACAUGCUUUCCGUCUUUCUAGCACGGUUGACAUUUCCCGUUUUGAACGUGCUCUUACGGAAACCGCUAAGAUAUGUGUCAAUCUUCGAACAAGAGUGAUCAAAUGCCAGGAUAAGGCGUUCCAAGUUGUCAUUAAGGAUGAUGUGGAAUGGGAGGGUAUUUAUACCGGAAUGAAUGCCACAGGUCUGAUGAGAGCUUCCAAGAACAUCAACAUGACCUACGGCUCCAAGCUAAAUCAAUUCAGUCUCGCUCAAGAUAACAAUGGUAAAUGGUACUUUUUGUGGCUUACACAUCACUCUGUAUUCGAUGGUUGGAGCUUGGGAAUUAUCCUGGACACCUUGAAGAGAGCUUAUGAAGGAAGUACAUUGCCCAUCAUCAGCCCGUAUGUCAACUUCAUCGCAUACACCCGCAGUAUUGAUGAGUCGGCUGCUAGAGCCUUCUGGGGACAGCAACUACAGGAUGCUCGGCGAGCACCAUUCCCGUCAAAACGAGCAAACGCGGUCUCUUCUGAUGACCCCAUCACAGGUGUUCUUACCAAGUCGCUCCCAUUCACAAAAUCAGCCCGAACCUCCAUCACCAGAGCUACAGUUCUUCGUGCUGCUUGGGCUAUUCUACUUGCAAGAUAUUGUGGCACUGACGAUGUAACGUUCGGUGCGACUGUCUCCGGCCGCAACGCUCCUGUGAUUGGUAUCGAAGAUAUUCCAGGGGCGAUGAUUGCUACAUUACCGAUCCGUGUCCGUUUAGACUUCCAAAAGUCUAUCAAGGCCUUCUUAGAAGACGUCCAACUUCAAUCAUCAGAUAUGAUCGCAUUUGAACAAUUCGGUCUUCAGAAUAUUUCCAAGAUAGGUCAUGAUGCAAAGGAGGCAUGUGGCUUCUCCAGCCUAAUUGUUAUUCAGCCUGGACAACAGAAGAGCUCAGUCGAUGUAGCACCGGAAGCAGAAGGCUUACUUGCCUCAGCUGGUUCAGAGGAGGAUCUAGUGGAAAACUCUCUCCAAGGCUACUUCAACUACCCCCUUGUCAUGCAAUGUGCCCUGCACGAGGACAAUAUUGAACUAUACUUCUUUUACGAGACCAGUUAUUUGCAGAAGGCGGAAAUGGAAGGCAUGGCUCAUCAGUUUGAGCAGGUGGUUUCUGAACUUCUUUCCGAAGACAACCUCAGACACCUGAGUGAAGUCUCAAUCGCUUCACCAUGGGACAUUAGCACCGCGAUUGACAGGAAUCAGACUCCUGACGUUGUCGAAGAUUGUCUCCACAACAUCAUUGCCUCCAACGCUGUUGAACGACCUGAAUCUCCCGCUGUGUAUGCUUGGGACGGCGAGCUAACAUACGCCCAACUUGACGCUACCUCCAACCGUCUCGCUCAGUAUCUCGUAGACGAGUUCAACGUCAUGGUUGGCGAUGUAAUUCAUGUUUGCCUAGACAAGUCAUUGUGGUACAUCAUUGCCAUUCUCGCGAUCAACAAAGCAGGCGCUGCAUUCUCACCAAUUGAUCCAAGCCACCCACUCCAACGGAAGCAACAGAUCAUUGAGCAAACUCAAGCGAAGAUCAUGCUCGUGUCACCCAAGUACAUCCAGGAUGCAGCUCAGGUCAUCGAACACGCCAUUCCACUCGAUGCUAUGCUUGACGCGCGCUUGACACCAGUCACGAAGAGUCCCUCGACUGGAGUAUCUCCCACAGACGUUGCGUACGUCCUGUUCACGUCUGGCAGUACCGGACGUCCAAAGGGCUUCCUGAUUGAACAUCAGUCCAUUUGUACGUCUCAACGCGCCCUCGCUGCCCGUGUUGGCCAUGGUCCCGAAACCCGCAUUCUCCAAUUUGCGAACGUCAUCUUUGAUUUCUCUAUUGGAGAGAUCUUCCAAGCCUUGACCAGCGGUGGUUGUAUUUGCAUACCAUCCGAGGAGAUGCGGUACAACAACAUCCAGGAGUUCAUCCGGCAAGCCGAAGUUAACUGUGCGAUGUUGAGCCCUUCAUUCAUUCGCACUCUGAAACCUGAAGAAGUCCCAUGUGUCAAAUCUCUCUUCUUCGCCGGCGAAGCAGUCCCGCAAGAACUCUUUAAUGAGUGGUUUGGGAAAGUGCGCCUAUUUAAUGUUUGGGGACCUGGCGAAGCCGCCUUUGCCUGCUCGGUCUAUGAAUACCAGUCCAAAUACGACUCCCCUGCAACGAUUGGAGAAUCAUUUGGCGCUUCGUGCUGGAUUGUUGAUCCUGAUGAUGCAACUCAGCUCGCCCCAAUUGGCACCGUGGGAGAGAUCUUGAUCCAGGGUGCUACUGUUCUCCGCGAGUACCUUGGAGAUCCUGUCAAGACUCAAGCCUCAACACUUAGCCACACCCCUACUUGGGCGGAAAGUAAAGAAGUCGGUGUCCCAAGUCGUUUCUUCAAAUCAGGAGACUUGGCCAUAUACAAUGCCGAGGGACAAAUCGAGUUCGUUACCCGCAAGGACACGCAAGUCAAGAUUCGUGGAUUGCGAGUAGAGCUAGGCGAGGUUGAACAUCAUAUCCUCGCUCUCCUAGCUGGAGUGAAGCAAGUCGUCGUUGGCGUGCUCCGAACCGAGGAGGUUCCAAAGUUGGUUGCGUAUCUGGCCUUCUCUGACAGCAAACGCACCAUGACUGAAUCUGAAGAAUUGUUCUCAGCCAUCACAUCUGAGAUCGAGUCCAAACUUGUUGAAAUGAGAGGCAGACUUGAGUUGAUCGUUCCCAACUAUAUGAUUCCUUCAAUCUUCAUUCCAUGCAAUUUCAUUCCGAUCAGCAGUUCCUCGAAGCUUGAUCGAAAGAUGCUGAUCCACAAGACAACCAGCCUAACACGUGAACAAAUUCACCACUACUCUCUAGUUGAUGCCGUAAAGAGAGCACCGGAGACAGCCAUGGAGAUCCGCCUACAGUCGAUGUGGUCGACGGUCCUCAAGCUUCCAAUAGAAUCCAUCGGGCGCGACGAUAGCUUCCUCCAAAUCGGUGGCGACUCUAUUCUCGCUAUCCAGCUGGUCUCCCUGGCUCGUGAAUCAGGAGUUUCCUUCAAGGUCAAAGACAUUUUUGAUGAUUCUCGCCUAUCCACAUUAGCGGCCACGGCCACCGAAAUCGAUGGAGAGAUCGUGGAGGAUGUUAUUGAGCCUUUUGAAUUGAUUUCCUACGAACAAAAGGAAUUGGUACUCUCCAGCCACGUCAGAGAGAAAUGCGCUCUGUCCGAUGGUCAACAAAUUAUUGACGCGUAUCCAUGUACGUCAAUCCAGGAGGGUAUGGUUGCCCUCGCCGAGAAGCAGCCAGGGUCUCAUAUGGCCAAGUACAUCUACCGCCUCGCCGAUGAUGUCGAUGUCAAUCGGUUCAGGGCCGCCUGGGAGAAUACUGUUCACUUCUGUAGCAAUCUACGAACUCGGAUUGUUCAGUUGAACGGAAAAGCAAUCCAGCUAGUCCUUGACAACGAGAGCGAGUGGGAUUCCCCCGACAAGAAUGAUGUUUCUUCAUCCAUCAAGAGUAUGUCUCAACUGCCAAUGGGAUUCGGAAGCCGUCUGAGUCGACAUGGCCUUGUUAGCAAGAACAACGUCCACUAUUUCACAUGGGUCAUCCACCACUCCAUCUACGAUGGAUGGUCUUCCCAACUGAUCCUACGAACCUUGUUUGCUCAGUAUGAGAAUAGCCAGCAAGCAGCUUUGUAUCCCUACUCUGGCUUUAUCAAAUACACUAUGAGCGUCGGGGAAGAUGCUUCACGCGAGUACUGGACCAGUCAAUUGCAAGACUCAAAGCGAUCCUCAUGGCCACCGAUUGUGCCUCGAUCUGGGGUACGGACAGAUAACCCAACGAGGGUUGUAGAGAGAACAAUUCACUUCCCCAAGACAACUAGCACGUCCAUCACAAAAGCCACCAUCGUUCGCGCAGCUUGGGCCAUUGUCCUCGCCAAGUAUUCUGAAACAAGCGACAUCUGUUUUGGUACGAGUGUGUCUGGCCGUCAAGCCCCCGUUGCUCAUCUUGGAGACAUGCCUGGGCCGGCCAUCGCAACAGUCCCAGUCCGCAUCAAGAUUGAUGGGCAGCAGUCAAUUUACAACCAUCUGAAGCAGGUCCAGAAUCAGGCUAUUGACAUGGUCCCCUACGAACAAUACGGAUUGCAAAACAUCUCCAAGUUGGGCCGUGACGCCGAAGAAGCGUGUGGCUUCUCUUCCUUGCUUGUCGUGCAACCCACGCAACAACUAGCCAGCAUUGGAGGCCAAGCGUACUCUUUACUUGGAGCCGCCGAUGAUGCUGACAAUAUGAGCAUGGAGGAUUCCAUGGAGGGUUAUUUCACAUACCCUCUAGUCUUCCAAGGCCGAAUUUCCGAAGAUGCGGCAGAGCUGAUUGCCAUCUACGAUAGCGAUAUCCUAAGCGAGAUGAGGAUUCAGGCUAUGAUAAACCACUACAAUUCUGUCGUGCAACAACUAAUCACCGAAAGUGACAAGACGGUCGGCUCCAUCAGCCUCGCGGGAGACUGGGACUUGCAGAAGUCUCUAGAGUGGAACAGUCACCCUACUGAAGUGGUCGAGCGCUGCUUCCAUGAGAUGUUCGAUGAACAAGCCGCGAUCCAGCCCGAGGCGAUGGCCAUUGACUGUUGGGAUGGGAAUCUGACCUAUGCCCAACUCAACAGCGCGGCAAACCGACUCGCCCAUCACCUUUUAAGAUCUUACGAUAUCAAGAGUCAAGAACUGAUACAUGUGUGCUUCGAAAAGUCUGCCUGGUACUAUGUCUCCAUUCUCGCUAUUAACAAGGCCGGUGCUGCCUGGGUCCCUCUGGAUCCCGCCCAUCCUGAAGAGCGAAAGAGACAAGUGACAAAGCAGACAGAGGCUAGACUUGCGCUUUCAUCCCCUCAAAGCGCUCACUUGGUCUUGCCGCUGGUCGCCACAGUUGUGGAGGUUAGUUCGCAACUUGAACAGGAGAUUCUCAAUGCACACGAGUGCAGCGAUCAAAACCCAGGCGUUGCAGUCUCCCCCAGUGAUGUUGCAUACGUGCUCUUUACAUCAGGCAGCACGGGUACACCGAAGGGAUAUAUCAAUGAACACAGGUCAUUGUGUACCAGUCAAACAAAUAUUCCUCGCAGCCUUGGCAUUCCUUCUACCGCACGGACACUUCAAUUUGCAUCCUAUGUGGUUGACUUUGCCAUCGCUGAGCUUGCAAGUACAUUGCUUCAUGGCGGUUGCUUGUGCGUUCCUGACGACGAAACAAGAAUGGAUGGCCUCGUCAAAUUCAUCAACGACACCAACGUUAACUGGGUCUUCCUUACCCCAUCGUUCUUCCAGACGAUGCGUCCUGAUCAGCUACCUAACCUGGAAGUAGUUGUGCUUGCUGGUGAAGCCGUAUCCCAAGACCUUCUCGAUGCUUGGUUUGGCAAAGUUCGAUUAGUCAACCUCUGGGGCCCCGGUGAAGUUAUCGUUGGAACAACAUGGUAUGAGUACACUUCUGCCAAGGACAUCCCGACCAACGUUGGUCGUCCUGUAUGCGGCCAUACAUGGCUUGUUGACCCUGAAGAUGCUUCAAAGCUGGCACCAAUUGGAACAAUCGGUGAAAUUGUUAUCCAAACACCCACAAUGUUACGCGAGUAUCUCAAGAACCCCGAGAAAACAAAAGAGGCAAUUAUCACAGAUCUUCCAACCUGGGUCCCACGCCGUACGGAGCCAUUGUGGGAUCGUAUAUACAAGACAGGAGAUCUAGCGUACUAUACUGCUGAUGGCUGCCUUGAUUUCGUAUCACGGAAGGACACACAGGUGAAAAUCCGCGGAUUACGUGUUGAACUCGGUGAAGUUGAGUAUCAUAUCCGCGAGACCCUUCCCGAUGUACGACAAGUGGCUGUCGACGUGUUCAAGACGGACAUAAGCGUCAACUUAGUCGCCUACUUCAGCUACAGCGAUACAAUGCGGCCCCAAGUCGCCGCUGAUGUAUUCCUUCCACUCGACUCCAAGCUUCGAGAGUCCAUCGCCGAGCUGGCAGGCAAGCUAGAUGUUGUGCUUCCAGCAUACGAGGUUCCAACAAUUUACAUCCCUUGCGCCUAUAUGCCAGCCAACGCCUCGGAGAACACUGAGAAGCGGGCACCCGAAACAGAUAUGGAAAGGAACUUGCAGCUUAUGUGGUCCCAACUGCUUCGUGUACCCCCCGAGCAGAUUGGACGUGAUGAUAGUUUCCUUCGCAUCGGAGGAGAUUCAAUUCUAGCAAUCCAGCUUGCUUCUAUGGCCCAAGAACAGGGUAUACGGAUUACGGUGGCCAACAUUUUCAAAGACUCCCGCCUUUCUGCGCUUGCCAAGGCAGCCGCGAAUGGCGCUGAGUACGCUGCCACUGAUGUAAAGCCUUUCGCUAUGCUUCCAUCCGAAAUCUCUGCUACAGAUGUAUCAGUCGAGAUCCAGAAACAAGGCGGCCUGCCUAACCUCCCAGAGCUAGAGGACGCAUUCCCAACGUAUUCCUACCAGAACUCAAUGAUGGACCUCACCCACAAGCUCGCAGGAGCGUACGUGACCAAGCGUGUGUGGAGACUCCCCAGUCACGUUGACGUGCAAAGAUUCAAGGAGGCAUGGGACAGAACGGUGCAAUACUUCCCUAAUCUAAGAACUCGCAUCCUUCUUGUGAAUGGCUCUGAAGUCCAAGCCAUUGUGAAGGGUAAGCAAGAGUGGGAAGAUUCAAAGGGAUUAGGUGUCAGAGAUUUCAUCCACGAAUCCGGUAUCGCUUUCAACAUGGGACGUGGCAGUUGCUUGUCCCGCUAUGCCAUUAUUGAAGAAGCGGGCGAAAUCUUCUUUGUCUGGAUUCAGCAUCACACGAUCAUGGACGGUUGGUCUCUCAAUAUGCUUCUUGCUGGGGUUCACGCUAUGUAUCACGGUACAAUGCCCGCUCCAAUCAACAGCUUCGCCAACUUUGUCCAAUAUGCCAAUGGAAUUGAUCAAGAUGCUGCCGCAUCCUACUGGAAGAAUACUCUGGAAGGUGUCAAACAAGUCACUUGGCCUAAGCCCAUCACCUCUGAGACCACUCUUCGUGGUGUUACAGACACCAAGACGCGAACGAUUCGCAUCCCGGAUAGCCUUGACUCUUCCCUCACUCUAGGAACCGUCGUUCUCGGCGCAUGGGGCUUUGCUCUUCGACACUUUGACAACAAAGAUGAUAUUUGCUUCACUCGCACAUCCUCUGGUCGUCAAGCCCCUGUGCAUGGCAUUGACACCACGCCUGGCUUCUGUACUCAGGCAGUUCCUACACGCAUCCGGUUCAACAAGGAUCAAACUAUACUAAGCCUUCUCACUGAUCUGCAGAAUCAAUGUUCUGAGUCAGUCCCCUUUGAGCACUUUGGCACAAAGAAGAUUGCACAGAUUCUGCCAGAGGCAGCACCAGCCCUGCUUCAGUCCAGCAGUUUGAUUAUCCCACAGCCGGUCCGCGCCUCGGGAACUGGUGAAGAGACAUCUGCAGCAAGUUUGCUCGCUCCUGCGCUAGACAAGUGGGCCGUGGAUGAUAUCCUAGAUGGGUUCAGACUGGUUCCUCUCUGCUCCAACUUCUUCCUAAAGGAGGACACGGUUGACAUUGUUUCGAACUAUAAUAGGGAGGUCAUAAGCAGCGCCGAGAUUGAAACGCUGUAUGACUAUCUCGAGGCGAUCAUUGUUGGUAUCUGCAGUCAUUCAGAUCUUACAGUUGGCAAUCUUCUUGAGAGGUUGAACUUGGAAUAG